CUCGCGGCGGCGCGGGGAAGUAUUCCGCUCGCAGUUCCCCUUCUGGCGAGCGCGCGCCUCAACGGCAGACCCGAACUUGUCUGAGAAGCAAAUGGGGAGAGGUCGCGCGCGGUAGGGGCCCUUCUGAUUGGCUGGGGACAGUGAAGGGGGGAGCGCGCGCGCGCCCCCGCCCUGCCCGCUGCCAGCUCGCGCCUCGGGGAGUGAGUUAUUUGGGAAGAGGGAGAAGAGGAGGGAGAAAAAAAAAAGAAGUAGAAGAAGGAGACGGAUCCCGGGGGAGGCGAGUGGGAGGAGGGAAAAGUGAUGGCGGCACGGCGGCUGAGAGCGGCUUAAUCAGUACUCGCCACUUGGCUCUUCCCGGAGACUGUGCGGCGGCGGCUGGGAGAACGGGAGACAUCCCGAGCCGGCCACACGGAAACUUCAGGUACUUCACAAACUUCAUCACGAGGCCGGCCAGCUCCGGCUCUUUGUGUGGGCGGACAGGAGAGCAGGGACCGGGGGUCCUGAGAGGGAGCAGGGACAAGGGGGGGUCCUGGAGAGAGCAGGGAGGGGCAAGGGGGGUCCUGGAGAGAGCAGGGGCAAGGGGGGUCCUGAGAGAGCAGGGGGGAGAGCAGGAGGGGUCCCUGAGAGGCGCAGAGCAGGCAGGGGGUCCUGGAGAGAGCAGGGACAAGGGGUCCUGGAGGAGAGAGCAGGGACAAGGGGGUCCUGAGAGAGAGGACAAGGGGUCCUGAGAGAGCAGGGACAAGGGGGAGGGGUCCUGAGAGAGCAGGGACAAGAGAGCAGGACAAGGGGGUCCUGAGAGAGCAGGGACAAGGGGGGUCCUGGAGAGCAGGGGCAACCCUGGGAGAGAGCAGGGACAAGGGGGUCCUGAGAGAGCAGGGACAAGGGGUCCUGGAGAGAGCAGGACAGGGUCCUGGAGAGCAGGGACAGGGGGUCCUGAGCAUGGGCAAGGGGGUCCUGAGAGAGCAGAGACAAUGGGGGUCCUGAGAGAGCAGAGACAAUGGGGUCCUAGAGCAGAGACAAUGGGGUCCUGAGAGAGCAGAGACAAUGGAGGCAGAGAGAGCGGGACCAGGGACAAGGGGGUCGUGGAGAGCAGGACAAGUGGGGGGGUCGUGAGAGAGCAGGUACAAGGGGGGGGCGGAAGGCAGGCGGGCGGGGUGGAGAGAGCAGGUGGAGAGGCAGGUCGGGUCGUGAGAGAGCAGGUACCAGAGGGGGGGUGGGGAGAGCAGGCACCCGGGAGAGCAGGCACGGGGGUCGUGGAGAGGCAGGCACCGGGGUGGGGUGUGGAGAGGGCAGGCACGGGGGUGGGGGUCGAGAGGGGCAGGCACCGGGGUGGGGGGGCCGGAGAGGCACCGGGGGUGGGGUCGAGAGAGCAGGCACCGGGGUGGGGGUUGGAGAGAGCAGGCACCGGGGUGGGAGAGGGCAGCACCGGGGGUUGUGGAGAGAGCAGGCACCAGGGGCACGGGAUGGAGAGCAGAGACAAGAGUGAGGGGGGGUGGAGAGCAGGGACGGGGUCCAGGAUAGUAGGAACUAUGGCCAACAAAAGGGGCUAGGAGAGCAGGGUCAAGGGCCAGGAAACAGAGACAGGAGUGCAGUGAUAAGGGUCAACAAAAGUGACCAGUGGAGCAGAGACAGGAGAGCAGGGACAUGUACAUGGGAGCACAGGCCAGCAACCAGGAAAGGAGAAAUGUGGGCCAUCAAAGAGACUAAAGUAUGGAAAUGGGCCAGGUGAGAGUAACAAUGGCCAGAGGGCCCAUUGCUAGUCUCUGCUAAGUAUGGUUUUUCUGUUCCUCCAGGACCCGGGUUCCUUUCUUUCCAUUCCAUUCACAUGCUUCUGGGCUCCUAUCUUUCCAUUCCUCUCACAUGCUCCUGGGCUUUUAUUUUAACUUUUUAUUCUUUUGGAUUGAGAAUCACCCAGCAGUCUCCUGAGUAAUCCUCAAUCCAAAAGAAUAAAAAAGUAGCCCAGGAGCAUGUGAGAGGAAUGGAAAGAAAGAUGUCCAGGGACAGACAUAAAUGCUUGUUAUAUAUUUACUGUCACUGUAAAACCUAGAAUAGCCUUUUACAGUGAAGCUUGGCAUGACUUUCACGAGAUGAUUAAGAGUUCAAAUAUGAUCUUUAAUUUUAAAUACUUAUAUUUAUUUUCAUAAGCGAAAAAAAAGACUGCUUAAUAUAUUAUAAGGGUAAUCUUGACAGCUUUGUGCUGAAUGGGGUUGUUUCUGAUGGGCUAGACUUUCUGUGGAAGUCAAACUUUCCUGAGGUAGGGCAGAGUAUAUGCUUUUUAUUAAAAAAAUUUUAAUUGAUCUAUUAGUGGAAACCUCAUUUGCCUCAGGACCUUGGCAGAAAGGACACUAUCAUGAUUUUCUUCUAUUUAUUAUUAUUAUUAUUAUUAUUAUUAUUUAUUACUGACAUUUUGUAAAGUGUCAAUCUAUUCCACAAUGCUGUACAGUCUGGAAAAAUCAAAUGUACCAUAUUAACAGACUAAUAAAAAAAAAAUAAAAAAAAUAAUUGGACCCGUUAUAUAGUUAGAAUUGCAACUCACAUUCUGCUUUGCCAGGUUUAAAGGACCACUUCAGCUCAAUGAAGUGAUCUGGGUGCCAGAUCCCCCAGGUUUUAACGCUUCAGAUUUAAACUGCUAUGUUUACAUUGCGGGGUUAAUCCAGUCUCUAGUGGCUGUCUUCUUGACAACGCUCAAUGCGAAAAUCGCAUUGAGCACGCAGAGCAUCCAUAGGAAAGAAUUGAGAAAUGCUUUCCUAUGGGCAUCUUUAAAGCGCGCGGCUCUGGCUGCGCAUGUGCUUUCGGCUCCACUCGGGAGGAGAGAUCACCAGCGCCGAGGGAGCCCGUCGCUGGAUAAAGGUAAGUGGCUGAACGGGUUUUAACCCCUUCAGCCCAGCGGGAGUGGGGCCCUGAGUGUGGGGGGACCUAAGGAUUAUAUAUAUUGUCAGGAAAACAUGUUUGUUUUCCUGACACUAUAGUGAUCCUUUAAGCAUACUUGGAAUUUUACAACAGCUGCGAGGACCACCUCAUUGCCACUUCUGGUUUACAGAGUAGGUUGGAGUGUUCUAGCUCUGUGUUACAAAGUCUUCUGCAGUUACUCACCACCUGCAGGUAUUUUACUGUGUCUAUAAAAGUCCUUAAAUACAUUUUUUUACAUUUAAUCCUUAAGUGUUUAUUGCACUGUAAACUUUAGUUAGAUCAGUGGGAAAUUGUCAUUGUAUGCUUUCUAAAAGUUUCUAUUACAAUGCCAGAUCUAGCAGUAAUUCCUUAAAACGUGCAGUGAGUUGCAAAAAAACCCUCACAGUAAAUACAUGAGAAAUCAAUUGGAACUUUGAAAGUGGUUCUUCAUAAACUUGCAUUUACAUGUUCAGAACUUGUGGAAGAUACUUUGUUCCCUGUAUAAUUUUUUUUUUCUUACAGCAGAUGGUUGUCUUGUGGCAAUGAAAUUAUACAGACUGAAUGUGGUGGGGUGACUCCUUACUUGGCGUUUCCCAUGAACUCAGAGGAGAAAUAAUUCUUAUGAUUUCUGUUGUCCAUGUAACCUGGAGUGACACUGAAUUAUUUUCCUGAAGACUACAUAAUUAGUGACAUAAAAAUGAUGAAAACCGAAGGGAAAGGGGAGAGGACACUUAGAAGUGCUUCUCCACACAGAAAUGCAUACAAGUCUGACUUCCAUGCCAUUAAGUGUUCAUUUGAUGGUGUAAAACCUGAAAUUUCACCUAAGCCAGUGUCUCUGAAGCUGAAUACCAAUGGAUCUCCAGGUGAAACAAGAGGACGUGCCUCAUAUGGUAACCGUGUCCACAAGAUCAAAAAUAUGUUCAUGCAAAUGAGCUCAUGUCCCAAUGAAAAUACUGUGGAGACUAAACUAAUUAAAACAGAUUUUGUUUCCCCUGUGACAAACAAUUCUAGUGAAAGUGUACAAAAGAUCAAUGCCUUAAAUGCAAGUCCUGAACUGCCAUCUCCCGAAAAGGUGGUCAAGACGAAUGAGGAAGUGGAUUUGGACAAGGCAUCCUUGGCUGAAAAGUUUUCAGAAACCAGGAAGCUGUUUGAAAGAAACCUCAACCGUCAAUCUACAUUUGACAGAUCAUCUCCCACCAAGGAAGAAAAGGUGUCCAGGAUUGAACGAAGACAGGGCUCUUUUGAAUUAGAAAGUGCUUCUUCUGAUCGCAGCCCCUCUAGUGUAUCUUCCAUGACAAGUAUUGCCACAUCUCCUACAUCUUCUAAGAAUAGAGAAUCCCAAGAGACAAAUGUAUUGAGUCACAGAUCCUCCUCCAGCUCUUCCUCUGUCAGUGCAGGACCAAUCUCCAGGAGGCUGGAUAGUUUUCUUGGUGACAGUGAUGGCGAGGAAAACAAAGACUUGUCCAAGGCAGAUAACUGUUUGAGCGAUGCUGAGAAUUCAAGUUUGCCACCAGCAGAAAACAGCAUAGUUACUUUGUCAGCCAAGAAACUGAAUAAUAAUGUUGGGACCAAACACAUUUCUACUCAUGACCAAAGGUCAGAAGAGACCUUGUCCUUGGAGAGUAAAUCACGCUGUUCAAAUGCUGUAAUUGGAGAUGACAUAACGUCUCUUAAGAAUAACAAUAGCCCAUUUAACUACUCAUCUGACUCCAAGAGUUUUGUAACUGAAAAAUCACAAACUGAAAUGGUGAGAGCAGAACUGGUAGUCUUACAAAAUGAAUCGUCUGAGAGUGAUGGUGAAGAUUUGAAAGAUGAUGUGUUUGAUGACCUAAAGACACUUGACCAGAAACAGUUGGAUUUUGUCCAAAAGUUUGAAAAUGGUGUGAAGCAACAAAGUGAGGCAGGUUCUGAAGACCUUGCUAUCACACCAUCAGAGGACAUCCCCAAGAAACCACUUGAUGAUGUAGAGACUGUGGAUAGUGAAGAGGAUGAUGAGAGUGAAUUUGAGGAACCCAUAGAUAAAAACAAAAGUACAGUUCAAUAUUCCACAAAUGUGUAUGGGAUUGAAAAUGCUGCUUUUGACGAUGACCGAGACACAGAAACAGAGAAUUGCAUAGGUGACAGCAAAGAAGCGUUUGCCACUGAAGAUGAGGAUUAUGAAGUCUGUAGCGAUUAUGAAGAACUAUCUGGUCUUUCUGAAGAGGAGAACCCGGAGCCCAACCGAAAGGUCAAGUUUUCUACUGCUCCAAUUAAGGUAUAUGCAGAACUUUGUAUUAUGUAUUAUAUUUUAUUUAUUGCAUUGAAGAGCAAACAAAACCCUUUUUUAUUUUAUUUUUUCACACUGCAUGAACUUUUUAUUGAUUUAAUUUAACAUCUAUUUUUUAUUGUUUGUUUGAUUCCUUGCAUUAAUCCAUGUGUGAAAUAUUUCUUGGUGCAACAAUGUUAUUGUUGUCGGCCUUACAGAAUGCUCAUUGUUUAGUUAUAUAAGAAAUAUUUUACUAUAUGUAUGUAGGAUACCAGGGUGACUCCCCUACUACCUCAGAUGAGUCCAUGAUUGGUUUCGCUUAUCUUGUCAUAAUAUUUAUUUGUAAUUAGGGUUUCCAGAUUACCAACUUAUUCUUGUAGUUUACCACUAUCUGUAUAUUGUUUAAUGCAGCUGAAGGAUGUAAAUACUCAAGGCUACCAGCUGUGCGAAUAUUUUUGUAAAAAUUUUUUUUCCAUAUGUACUCAGGUAAACACAGGUUAACCCCUUCUUGACAAGGCUUUAGGGAAACUCUCUUUGUCAUGAUAACCCAGGAAACUGAUUUUGUAAUGGAGUUCCUCCGAGACAAAUAGAUGAACAGAUUACAAUGGAAACAAGCUGGGAAGUUGUAAUUAAAAACUAAAGUUAAAGUAGGCAAGUUCGAAAUGUAACUGGUUUGUGAAUAAAUUACAUUUAGUAAUAGGUUGUUGGUUUCCUUGUUUGAAAGCUGUAAUACAGCCUGCAUCCUUGCCUAUGACAUACUACCUGCAUUAAGGCCUGUAAUCUGUAUUGCAUCAAAAGGACCCUCAUUGCUCUGGUACAAAUGAAACAGCCCGCAGAGCUUUAUGUGGCUGCACUGUAUUUUUAAUAUUUACUUUUUGUCAUUGGUGCAAAAGUUAAAGGGGGGAAAAAAAUGUUUUUCAAAUUUAAGCAAAUUCAUAAAUUUUUGCAGUGAGAAUUUUUUUCAUUUUCUCACUUGUGAGUGUGUGAGCUACUGACAAAUGUUGAUAAUAUGAAUUCUGUGAUUGCAAAGAACAUUGUAUUCUUUAACCACGCAAAUUUUAUGCUGGCACAGAUAGUCUCCAUGGUAACUAUUUUAUUUGCCCUUUUUGUUUUAUAGUAAGGUUUUAAGAACUAUGAGAAUACUGGUAAAGGUGUGUGUGUGUGUGUGUGUGUGUGUGUGUAUGUUUAUACUAAAAAUCAUUUUCUGUGUUGGGAGAUGUGCGCAUAUAUAUAUAUAUUUUUUUUUUUUUACUAUGCGUCAAAGGCUGGCUACAUUUCUACAGGUAAUACAGACAUGUAAUUUCCACAUUAUCCAUUUGGCUGUGGAGGGGCCGGGUUAUGGAUCUGGACACUCCAAAUCAUACAAAAACUGUGUGACAGAAUCAUAGUCAUCAGCUAUACAGUGCUCACUUAAAAGGACACUGCAACUGUUUUAGCUCAUUCAAUUGUUUAUAUUAUCUGGAGUCCCCUGGAGCUGUCCUUCCAUUCAGUCUAAAACAAUUUUAAUGGGUUCAACGAGAGUCCUCCGUAGCCCACACCCUCUGUUCUCCUUGGGCAAUUAAAACAUUAUCUUGAGCAUUAGUGGGUGGCAGUGAUUGGAUUUGAAUGGCAGUUGAACGUUUUCACCCUAUUAUAGCGAUCUGUUGUAUGUAUGAAAAGGAAGUGGGUAAUCUCUGCUUAAUCAUACCCCCACUUGGCGCUGGGCUGUCAGGCAACCAGGGACCCACUUGGUGGGAUAUUGGCAACUAGUCCCUUCAAGGAGCUGUCUAGGUACCAUAACAACUGUAUACACCCCAUUUCCCCCCUCGAAUACUGGAGGAUAUAAUAAUAUUUUGCAUCAAUAGCAGAAAAAUGUGAGAUUUAGAGUGUUUGUUCUAUCUAGAUUACAAUGCAACUGUUACUCAUAUCAUUUUAUCCAUAUUUUAACUGCAUUCAUGGCUUAGGUCAGCCAAAUGCCUUAAAAUAAACUUUAUACUAAACACUACCAUUUUACUAUGAAACAAAAAAACCUAGAAUUAUGUUUCCUGUUUGUAGACCAGCAGUUGCUGUUUAGCUCUUCACUUCAGAACACUUAUAAUGUUGAAACAUUAUUAUUUUAUUAUUUAUAUAGCGCCAGCAAAUUCCGUAGUGCUGUGGAAUAAUCACAAUUUAAAAUAGUGUUAUCCAAAUUAGCUUUAAGUGUCCAGAUGUGGAUUUGUAUUGCACAUAUAUCCUUUUUAUUUUUUUUUUGUUUCUCAUUUGUAAUUUCUUUAAGGGAAUAUAUAAGAAGAGCUUGUUGUAUUGCAGGGCUUGACAAAUCCCAGGUUGCCAUGGCGACCAGGAAAUUUGUCCUGGCGCCUGGGAUUUUGAGCCUGUUCAGCCCCCGAGGUGACCGGCUGCCUGAGAGCACAAGCGGGCAGUCAGCUCACAGAGGGCUGAGGUAGGGGGGCAGCUCAUGGAUAGCUGAGGGAUGGGAGGCAGGUGGGCGGGCAGGUGGCCGGCUAAUGGAAAGCUGAAAGAGGAAGGCGGGUGGCUCAUGGAGAGCUGAGGAGGGCGGGCUGUUGAAUGAGUUCAGAGGGGAGGGCGGCCAGCUGACUUAGUGCUGCGGCGAGGGAGCUUAAAUCUCCCUGCUCUGCUCCCUUGCGCGCCCUCCAGUGAUGCCAGGAGCUGUGUUAUGACAUCACUCCAGCUCACUAAACAGUACGUGAGAGUGAGAUGGCAGUAGACCCACUGAACCCCAGGUAAAGAUGAUUCACUCCAGCUCUCCCAAAGGUAGGGAGGCUAGAUGGAUUUAAAUUUUUUUUUAUUUUUAAUGAUUUGUGAGUGUGUGUGAGUGUUUGUUUCUGUCUGUGUGUGUGUGUAUGUUUUUAGUGACCUGUUCCUCUCCAGUCACAUGGGAAAGGUGUUUUUGCUCACCUUUUUUCCCACGCUGUGCUGGUUAUGCCGCAGCUGACCCCACCUCCAUGGCUGAGAUAAUCUUAACGAUCUCAGCCAAUCUAAUGCUUCCCAAUAGGAAAGCAUUGGGAGACUAUUUCACAUGCAAAGCAAAAUGCCAAUGCACCUAUCAACUUCUCAUAGAGAUGUAUUGAAUCAAUGCAUCUCUAUAGGGAACAUUAACAUAGGUGCUGCACAGUAUGAAGCGCUGACCCGGGAAGCACUUCUAGAGGCCGUCUGAGUGACUGUCACUAGAGGUGUCACCAGGCUGCAAUGUCUAAAAAGUCAGAGUUUACAUUAAAAAGCGUUCAGGGACAGGAUAUAGACUUCAGAACAACUACAUUAAGCGGUAGUGUUUAUGGUGACUAGUGUCCCUUUAAGAAUUUAAUUUUUGGCGUUGAAAUACCUGGCUCCUAGAUUUCAUACAAAUUUGUCAAACUCUGUUGUAUUGUAUGAGUUUAAGUUAUGGCAUCCACACUUGGAAGAUGCCAUUCAAAACUUCCUGCUCCGGAGAAUAGUUUUAUUCUCAAUUUAUGAUAUAGUUUUUGAGUUGCUAGGACUUGGAAACAGUUCGGGGCAACAUCUAAUUUUGAAGGUGAGCCAUUGUGCAUUUUCCCAGUGUUUGUUGAAAAUGAAAAAUGUUUUGUUAUAUAUUUAGAAAAUUAUUUUAAGAGACACUUAUGAUAUGGGGUGUGGAUAAAUACAUUAGGACUUGUGUGUACUGUUCACAGUAUUUAUUAGAUUCAGUUUAGCAUGUAAAUCAAAAUGAUUUCUUGAUUUACCACAAAUUUUACUCGUGGAGGAAAGAAACUGUUAUAUUAUGUGAAGUGCUCUGCAAAGCACAGUCAACUGUAAAUCUGUGUUGUGACAAAGUUUAAUUGUACUGUGAGCAUUUUUGGCAGUUACAAAUUGAAACCGUAUGUAUAAAGACUGGUCAGCCGAGAUAUAAUCUUCAGUAAUGUUGCGCAAAAAUACCAUAUGUGUGGAAAUCAUUGACUGAAAAAUACCAUUGCUGCAGGGAAAUGUUAUGAUUGCUAGGCAGAUCUGUUUAAAACCACUACCUGCUUCAGCUGAAACCUUGCCUCACAGGGAAAGUAUACCAUGCAAGGUUUUUAUACCUGUAAUUUUAAUUUCCUACUAAAGCAGUUGAAGUGCCUCUGUGGUCUGGUAUCUGUUUAAUACUCCCCAAAAUGGACAGACAUUUAAAAACUAAAACAACAAUUGUCAUUGGGAAAAAUAUUUUAUUCCAGUGCAUGUAUCAAACCAGAGAUUCUCCAAGCAUCAGGACUACCUUUUGUCUUACGUGUUCUAGUACAAUGAGGUCCCUUAAUACUGUUAAUUACAGCUGAAGUGAUUCAUAGAAAUCUUGUAUGUUGUGUUACAUGUAUAAGCCUUGCACAAAUUGUAUGGUCUCUAAACUAUUUGGGUUAUACUCCUUAAACCUAAGGAAAAUGCAGUACAUAAUUAUCGGAUGCAUUAUAAACUGAAGAUUUUAUGUAUAGACUUAAGCUUAGUAAUAUUAAUGUUGUCUUUGCUUUUUUAAUAUAACAUUUGUAUUGUUAUAUCUAGUAAGUAAAUAGAUGUAUAUUCAUAGAAUAUGUAUAUGUUUAGUCAGUCUAUAGCUUUAAACAUAGAAUUAUGUGCACUGAUUUGUGUAUGUAAAUCUUAGACUGUGUAUAUGUUUUUGGUUUGGUCUCCAUGACAGUAAAGAGUAAGAGUGAUUGUAAUUUUCUGUCAUGGAACAUUGCUGAAACUUGACUAUUCAAUGUAUAUCUUAUGCAUGAUUUAAAAUCAAUUUUGGUUAAAAUAUGGCAUGAAUCAGUCACCAGAACCUUGCAUCAGUUCCAAAUGUGCCUGCUUUGACUUGCUGUUCUUUACAUGAUCCCCUCUAUCAUUCUUGCUACACAUUUUACAGCAAGUGUUAUAUUUUGAUUUACUAAGUAUCUUUUCUCACUGAUACUCUCCUUGCUAUAUUUUGUUAUUGGAAGGUUCAGUGUUUUACCAAAGCUAGACCACAGGACAUAGAUUUAGCCUUGUGCUUUUUGUUUUUAUAAUUUACUUUUCACAUUUAUAUUUUUUAGCAUAUCUAGUAAAAGUUAUGUUUUAACGUUCAUUAUAACUUUGACAAUAUUGAUUGAGACAGCUAUUGGUAGUGUUUUUCUUUUAUCUUUUUUAUUCACAUCAAUUUCGCCGAUAGUUGGUGCAAGGAAAGAUCCGCAUUAGAUGGCCAUGAGGCAAACAAUGAUAGCACGUAGAGGAGUCUCGUGGUCUAGGUAGGCGGGAACCGCGCAGAAGCCGGCAUUCUAUGUUGUCCUGCCGGACAACCCUCAAAACCCUGUUUGGCCUCAGAAAUUGUUGACCUCUAUACAUUUAUUGCUCGGUAGGCUCAGCCAGCUUCAAACAGAGACGUGAGGAAUUGGAGAAUUGCUAUUACAGGCGCUGAAACAGGAUCCACGUUGUGUAGGCCCCCGUAGCCAAGUGAGCCAACCGUGCUGACUAGGUGCUGCCCAUGGGGUUGACAUAUUGAACUGCUGAUAUGUUGUCCAUACGUAAGGGAAUGCAGGCAUUGGCGGUCCACUAGGCGAAACUCUGAAUCGCAAAGGCUUCUGCUAGAAGCUCUAGAGCAUUGAAGUGUAUUCCGAAUUCGCUCUCUGAUCAGCGCCCUCCUGUGGACACCCCUUCACAGUGGCCUCCCCAGCCAUGGAAGCUGGCAUCAGAGUUUAUGGUGAACUCCGGCUAAGAUCCGAAUAUGGUGUUAGUGGAUUCACAAUUUAUGGCCGUUCCACGCACAUAGAUUGUAAAUCCACCAACGCAAGUCGUCUUUCGUUUCCCUGUCCAGUGAUAUCAGGUCCGCAUAUGAUGCUCCUUCGCGAAGAUGUGCAAUCUUCAACUGCUGGAGAGCUCGAUAGUGAAGAGGAGCCGGGAACACUGCCUGGAUCGACUAUGCCAACUGUCCAAUGAGUCUUGCCAAGGGACGCAGGGUGAGAUGUAGUUGGGUAAGUGCCCUGCGAAGUUCCUUGCGGAUCGCCCGAACCUUCGACAUAGGUAGGGGUAGGCUCAAGGAGUUCUCCUCCGAGUUCAAAAGGAAGCCCAAGAAUUCAAUUUUUCUGGAUGGUGUCAGGCAAGAUUUCUCCCAGUUGAUGAGAAAACCCAGUCGGGUCAGCAGAUCCACCGUCCGUCGCAGAUGCUACAGGAGGACGGAGCGAUCCUGAACCAUGAUCAAAAUAUCAUUCAGAUAAAUAAGGCAAACCCACCGACUGCAGAGCCAGGCCAUUGCUAGACGUAGCAGCUUGGUGAAGCACCAGGGCGCCGAAGAGAGGCCAAAUGGAAGCCCGGUGAAGCCCAAAGAGAGACCAAAUGGAACCCCGGAAUUCUACAUUAUCACCGUUCCUAUUCCAAACCACAUUUUACAGUGUGCACACACUCAGGUCUAGCAUUCGCCAGCCAAUCCCCUUGCAGGAGUAAAUCCCUGAGAAGAUGGAUGCCCUCCAUCUUGAAAUGCUGGUGGCGUACCCUGGUAUUGAGCGGGUGCAGAUUGAUAAUCAGGCGCAUUUGGCCACCCUUUUUCUCUACCAGGAAGACAUUGCUGAUGACUCCUGGCGGGCUUAGAGCGAGGCAAGAGCCGUGCGCGCAUUCAAACCGCCCAUAGGAAAGCAUUUCUCAAUGCUUUCCUAUGGACGUCAGCGUCUUCUCACUGUGAUUUUUUUUUCACAGUGAGAAUCGCAGAAGCAGCCUCUAGUGGCUGCCAGUGAGACAGCCACUAGAGGCUGGAUUAACCCUCAGUGUAAACAAGGCAGUUUCUCUGAAACCGCUAUGUUUUCAGCUGCAGGGUUAAAACUAGAAUGACCUGGCACCCAGACCAUUUCAUUGAGCUGAAGUGGUCUGGGUGCCUAUAGUGGUCCUUUAACUGACGGUGGAGAAGCAAAGAGAGAGGAAAUGUGCAGGGAGGUGCUGACUAUUAUACAGGGACUUGGUAUAUGAGUGGCUUAUCACUGUGUAUGCCAUUUUUUCCUUACUGUUUUGUAUUCUUUGCCGCUGUUGGUGGACAGUAUAGAAAGGGAUAUGCAAUAUGAGCCUCCGUGUCUUGUUAUAAAAUUGAGUUUUGUAAAUUUGUGGUAUCCACUAUUGGAAGAGGAUAUAAAUAAGUUUUAGCACUAAAAGCACACUCCAAAUUGUACUAACUUUACAUUCACAAUGCCCUGCAAAGUUGUUGUUUGUGGAGGGGUUUUCGGCAUAGUUUUGCAUUGUUUUUUAAAAAAAAUAACUACUUUGGUUUCUAGCACUCAUCAAUUUUUUUGUGAAUUAUUUUAUAUGCAUCUUAUUCACUGGAAAUAUUUCAGCAGUAACAAUGUUAUGGUCAUCUUAUUGAUGUUAGACAUGAGUAUCCUAGUUUCCUGACCCCAUUAACCUUUUGGAGUUCAUAAAACCAAAUUUAAUAUAGAUCUACAGCUUGUUUGAGCAGGACACUCUUCAUCUCCUGCUUUUGUAGAUACUGGUUUGGUUGUCAAUUGCCUGCUGUUUUACAUAAUCUUUGUAAAAUUGUAAAGCUCUGUAGAAUAAUGUUGGCAUUGUAUAAAUGAUGAUAAUAGUAUCUGCCACUGACCUAAGAUUUAUCCUCUGAUCUAUAAAGCUUUGUAACUUAAAUCAUUAUAAAGAGCUCUGCUCCUCUGAGGUUAUUAAUAAAUAUUUUAAUUACUUGGCACUGAUUGUGUGGUUUUCACAUGUCUGGAGUAUGCUGUAUUUUGUGGAUACUAUUGCAAUUAACACUAUUUUUCUUUUUCCCUAGAAUAUUACAUUUUGGGGCAUAAUAUACUAUAGAAAUGUUGCUUACAUUUAUAUCCAGACCUAAAUUGCUAUAUGGAUAGCCUGUCCUGUCUGCAUUAAAGAUCCUUAAUUCUCUUUUUUGUUUUUAAGGAACCUGAGAAGUCCGCAUAGUAGAGUUCUGGAACUUUUGUUCGUUCUGUAAUGUUAUUUUGUGUGUUUAUGGAGUUCAGUCAUAGUUAUUUUUAAAUGUGUUUGGGUCCUGCCCCUCUGCCAUAUGCUUAGCCCUGCUUAGGACCAUUUAUCCAAGCAUGUGAUCUUCCUAAAUAAGAGAACUAGGUGUCAUCCACCUCUGUUAAUAAGGAUGCACCUGACAGAGCUCUGCAUAGAGGCACUAAACUUUUCCCAUAGAGAUGCAUUGAUUUAAUGCAUCUCUAUGAGGAGAUACUAAUUGGUGCAGUAGACUCUCAGUAGUCUCCCUCACUGCCCAGUUCCAUUCUUUCCGGCCGGCCGCCUCCACUCUGCCUGAGCUGGACGUCCAACUCGGAGGGAAGAGGUUGACAAAUCUAAGAUGCCUGGGAUUUGUCGUGCACUGGUGUAGGUUCUAAACAACUCUGGUGCGUCACUUGAUCUGAAAAACAAAUUAACUUCCAUAGUGUAAAAAUGUUUUAUUAAACUCCUUUUAAAAAAAUUCAAAAGUUGCUCUUGUCCAUCAGGAGACGUCACUUCUCUAAUAGCCGGAAUCCUCUGUUAAAGUCCAAACAUUGGUUUACUCUCCUAAAAUGCAGCGUUCUUGGAGGGCUUCUCAUAUACAGUACUUGAAAAAAGAGUAGCAAUUCACUCCAGCAUGCGAUGUACUUUACUAAGCCGCCUUGCAUUUCAGUUUGUAUUCACUAACUCUCCCUCGCGACAGCAUUUGUAGUGUUGUCUUUUGAGUCUGUGAAGUAAACUUUACUCCCCAAUUGGUGUAAACGUAUGGAAUUAAUAAGAAAAAAAAUAACUUAAAAACAGAGUUUAAAGUCAGAGUCCACAUUCCUUGCUUUUGGCAAUUCAAUAAUAUUUAUUAAUAGAGGCUAAACAAACAAAUAAACAAUACAUAUACAUUUGAAAUAGGCUAGUUGCUACCAAAACUAGUCAUUGAUUGAAUGGAAAGUUAACUAAAUUAACAUGGUGAAACCGGCAUAGACACAUUAUUAUUAUGUUGUUUAUAUAGCGCCAUCAAAUUCCGCAGCGCUUUACAAUGGGUGGACGAACAGACAUGUAGUUGUAACCAGACAAGUUGGACACACUUGAACAGAGGGGUUGAGGGCCCUGCUCAAUGAGCUUACAUGCUAGAGGGAGUGGGGUAAAAUGACACAAAAAGGUAAGGAUAGUAUUAGACUAGUGACAGUUGCAGAUGAGGAAUCAGUCAGGAGCUAUUAACAGUUUAAUUGAUACGCUUUUAUGAAGAAGUGGGUUUUUAGCAAUUUUUUUUUUUUGAAGGAGUGGAGACUGGGUGAGCAUCUAACAGAGGAGGGAAGCGAGUUCCACAGGAACGGUGCAGCCCUUGUGAAAUCUUGAAGGCAAGCAUCAGAGGUGGGAGUACGGACAGAAGAUAGACUUAAGUCUUCAACCGAUCGGAAGGGCCUAGACGGGACAUACUUUUGUAUAAGGGAGGAUAGAUAGGUGGGAGCAGCAUUAUGUAGCGAUUUGAAAGCAAGAACCAGAAUUUUAAAUUGAGCUCUAUAUUUUAUAGGAAGCCAAUGUAGGGAUUGACAGAAGGGUGAGGCAUGGGAGGUGCAGGCGGACAGGAAGAUGAGCCUUGCCGCCGCAUUCAUUAUGGACUGUAACGGCGCUAGUUGGGAGCACGUAAGACCACUGAGAAGCGGAUUACAGUAGUCAAGGCGAGAAAGGACAGUGGAAUGAACCAACACCUUAGUCGCAUCUGGCGUUAAGUAGGGGCGGAUGCGCACAAUGUUUUUGAGAUGGAAAUGACAGGAUUUGGCGAUAGAUUGAACAUGAGGCUUGAAGGAGAGGUCUGAGUCAAAGAGAACAACUAGGCAGCAAGCCUGCGUGGUGGAGCUGAUGGUAGCACCAUUGACUUGGAGGGAGACAGACACAGGAAUAACAACACUCGAGGGAGGAAAGACCAGAAUUUCAGUUUUGGUCAAGUUUAGUUUAAGGAAGUGGGCAGCCAUCCAGUUAGAAAUAGCAGAAAGGCAGUCAGAGACACUAGUCAAGAGGGAGAGAGAUCAGGAGAGGACAGGUAGAUUUGUGUCAUCUGCAUAGAAAUGAUAUUAGAAGCCAAAGGAGCCAAUGAGUUUACCAAGGGAGGCAGUAUAGAUGGAGAACAGUAGGGGACCACGGGAUGAACCUUGGGGGACACCAACAGAGAGGAGUUGGGAGAAGGAGCAGAGCCAGAGAAAGAAGCGCUGGGAGAGGUAGGAGAGAGCAAUAUCUUGUAGACCGAUAUUGCGGAGGAUGAGAAGAAGCUGUUGAUGAUCAACAGUGUCAAAAGCCGCAGACAGGUCAAGGAGAAUUCGGGAUUAUUCUAACCUUAGUGACCGAAUAAUCUAAAUUUUAUUAAAGACAGGAGGCGAAUAUUUGCUUUUACUUUCUUUACUGUUACUCCCAGCAGCAAAGAAACAGUUAACAGUAAGUAGAAAAAAUUUAACCAAUCAGAGUGUACAAUAGAUUAUGUCCAGUCAUCAGGCUCCUCCCAAUUCCUCUUUCGUGUUGCAGCCGACCGCCGUAGAAUCAACCAUGUAAACGGUGAAACAAUAAACGUCUCAAUUGUAGUCAACCAUGUAAACGAUGUGGGAACAUAGGUAAUUCCUCGAGAUGUAGUGAAGAGUUCUCACACUAGGAAAAAAGAGAGAGAGGUCGUGAAAGUAUGGUUUCUUAGGUAAAGGAAAAACAAUACCUAAUUACGUUAUCUGAUAUGUUUCCAACAAGUUGUACAGUCCUAGUUUGACAAGUCUUAAAUUAUGAGAUAGUGAGUGUAGUAUCCGUAAAGGUAGUUGUAGGAGAGGCCUGAAGCGUAGGUUAUGAAACAUUGGUGUAGGCAGUAGAGGUGUUGUGGAAUACUUACCUAGUUAGGUUGAGUGUGUGUAUUAGCGGGUGGGAAAAUAUUCGCCUCCUGUCUUUAAUAAAAUUUAGAUUAUUCGCUCACUAAGGUUAGAAUAAUCCCGAAUUUUAUGGCAAGACAGGAGGCUUCAUAUUUGGUGUUUUAAAGCGAUGAUAUAAUGGCAUUAGAUACAUGAGGGGGUUGUCUAAAAUAAAAAGUUCGGAAGGUGGAUUCUCUAGACCAAUCAGCGGAAGUGAGGAUCUCCGUUAGGGAGCCUCCAGAUGUAAGUGCAGACGAGGCGGCCGCGCCUCUGACUGAGUGAGCACCAAAACAUGGGUCGAUACCAGUUAGGACUAGAAGCCAUUUGAUCCAACGAGCAAUCGUGGGACAUGACACUGGCUUGUGAGGUCGAACGUAGGAUACCAGUAGGGGUCCCGUUCGUGGUCUAAGGUCCUUGGUGCGGAGGAUGUAGUGUUUGACACAACUAGCUACGCAGAGCAUGGGUUUGUCGUGAAAAUAAGGGUAGCUUACUGUAGAUGAAUUGGUUUUGGUGCGUCGGGUAAUGGAGAAGUGCACUCCCUCAGGGGUAAAGUCCACCGCGUGGACAUCAAACGCUCUGAUGUCCGAAACUCUUCUAAACGAUACCAAACAGAGCAGUAGUGCCAGUUUGGCCGACAAUUGUCGAAGAGAGAGCUCUCCGUUAGGAGGCCACUCCUCCAAAAAUGAUAAUACUAUAGUAACAUCCCAAAAUUGAUUAUAUUUGGGUGCCGGUGGUCUCGCAAGGCGCAUGCCUCGCAGAAGUCUACAUAUGGAGGGGUGUUUACCAACCGCGGAGUUAUCAACCAGGCUAUGGGCUGCCGAAAUGGCUGAACGGACAACGUUAAUUGACCGAUAAGACUUACCCUGUUCGAAAAGUGACGCCAGGAAGUUCAUAAUGUUGAUCAGAGAAGUUGAAAAGGGAUCAGCGUCCCUCUCCAAGCACCAGCUAUUCCAGCAUUGCCACGCUGAGAGAUAAGAGCGUCUUGUGCCCGGUGCCCAAGAGUCCCAUAGUAGUUUUUGAGCAGUAGUCGAAAGGCCUGAGACAUUCCAGGAUCCCCUGAAAUGGUCCAGGCCACUAACCGAAGGUGACCUUGUAGUGCUAGUGGAUGGAAAUUGCCUGAGGGGUCCCUGAGGAGAUUGUAAGAGGUGGGUAGGAGUAGGGGGUAGUCCACUGACAUCUCCAGGAGAUACGGGAACCAAGGUUGAGUUCGCCACAGCGGGGUUACCAGAAUUAUGGUGACGCCCUGAGUUCUGAGAUAUUGAAUCGUGCGAGGAAUCAUGGAGAAUGGGGGAAAGGCAUACGCUCCGGAUGUUGGCCAUGGUUGGAGAAAGGCGUCUACUGCCAGGCACGCUGGGUCUGGGAGCCAGCUGAAGAAUGAGUCCGUCUGACGAUUCAGGCGAGAUGCAAAUAGGUCCAGGGUGAAUGGUCCUCUCAGGGUCUGUAGAUGAUGAAAGAUUUGUGGAUCCAGUUGCCAAUCGCUGGAAUCCCUCCAGUGGCGUGAGAACCAAUCUGCGACGAGAUUGUCGGGGCCCGGGAGAUAUUCUGCACGAAGGGAGAUAUUCCUGUCCAGGCAGAAAUGGUACAAUUCCUUUGUCAGAUCUGAUAGCAUCUUUGAUCGUGGGCCACCUAGGCGGUUCACAUAUUGUACUGCUGAGACAUUGUCCAUCCGCAGGAUGAGGCUGCAGUUGUAUGCCUCCUUGGCAAAACUGCGGAUCGCGAAAGAACCAGCGAUCAGUUCAAGGCAAUUGAUAUGUAGUGCCCGUUCUGAUGGGGACCAGAGGCCUCCGGUGGAACGUUCCGAACAGGUGGCACCCCAUCCGAGGAGACUGGCAUCCGAUUCCAGAAUGAAGUCGGGUUGCCGACCGAAGAUGGCCCUUCCGUUCCAGGCUUCCAUAUGUUGAAGCCACCAGUGGAGUUCUAGUUGGACUUCGUCCGUGAGGAAGAUCUGUUGGUCGUAAGACGGUGAGCGAUGUAAGUAGUGUGUUCUCAAGCGCUGCAUCGCCCGGUAGUGUAGCGGGGCUGGGAAUAUUGCCUGGAUGGAGGCGGAGAGUAAUCCGAUUGUGCGGGCUAAAUCCCUGAGUCGGAGGUAAGGCGUUGUUAGUAAUCUCCUGAUGUCCUUUUUUAUGGACUUGAUUUUCGCAACAGGUAGUUGCAGUACUGCCUGAAUCGAAUCUAUCUGGAAUCCCAGAAACUGUAUUGUCUGAGAUGGGAGCAGAGAUGAUUUUUGGAGGUUGAUGAUGAAACCCAAAUUCUGAAGAAGUCAUCUCCGUAUGGAGAAGUAGAGUCUCCUUGUCUUGUGCCAUAAGGAGGAUAUCGUCCAAGUAUAUGAUGGACCGAAUUCCUUGUGAACGGAGGAGCGCCAUCACCGGUUUCAUUAGUUUGGUGAAACACCAAGGCGCGGAGCACAGCCCGAAGGGGAGGCAGGUGAACUGCCAUAGUGUCUCGUCCCAAAUGAAUUGGAGGAAAGUGCAAUGUUCUGGCGUGAUUGGUAUCGUAAGGUAUGCAUCUUUGAGGUCGAAAUGGGAAAACCAAUCUCCCUCGCAGAGGAGGUCCCGUAAUAGGUGGAUGCCUUCCAUCUUGAAGUGUCUGUAUCUGAUGAAUUUGUUCAGUGCUCUCAGAUUGAUGACUGGUCGGAAUUCUCCCGACUUUUUCUUGACCAAAAACAUAUUGCUUACGAAACCUCGUUGCGUGAGUGCUCGUUCGAUGGCACCUUUGUUGACUAGGUCGUUGAGUUCGGCUUGAAGGGCCAUGUCGUCUAUUUGAGACAUUUUGAGAGGGACAGGUAAGGAUACCUGCAUUGGAUCCUCUGUAAAGUCUAAGUGGAAGCCGGAGACGGUCUGAAGGAUCCACGGAUCCUGCGUGAGUUGGUACCACUGUUGGGAAAAGUGUAUUAAUCGGCCUGCUAUAGGUACAUGAGAAGAAUGAGAGUCCCUUACCUGCAGGAGUGCGACCGCGGAGGGAAGCAGAUCCACGUCCUCUAAUGGCUCCACGAGAGGGGAAGAACUGUUUGUGGUGGAAACGGGUAUUGCCCGAGUUCCAGUGUUCGGAUGGUCGAGGCCUAUAGCCUGUAGAGGCAGCUCUGCCAGCCGUCCGGCCUCUGUAAUGGCUGGCUCUCCCAGAAAAACGUUGGGACCUAAAUACCUUGCGUAAUGAAGAUUGCGCUUUUGUAAGCGUAGUAAACACUGCCACGUGUUUAUUUAAUUCUUUAAUAAAUUUGUCUCCAAAAAGCAUACCUUGUGCCUCAGGGCCAAGCUCUUUAGUGCCUAAUUCGGCAAGCUUUGAGUCGAUCUUAUAUAAAGCGGCUUUCCGCCUUUCAGUUGACAUAGCAACAUUCGCGUUGCCUAGUAGGCAUAAUGCCCUCUGUGCCCAUUCUCGCACCAUGUGUGCGUCUAGAGUGCCACCUGCCAAAGCCUCAUCUGCAAUAGUGAAAAUCUGGAUAAGCGGUCCCGCCAUAUCCAUCAUUUUAUCUUGCGUGGCCUUCAGGCCUUGCUCCAAACCCUUACGGGGGUCUUUUCCUGUCUUGUACAGGAAAGUGACGAGUAAGGGAUCGAAUUCUGGGGUAACCGCCACCUUGUCUGGGAUUAUAGGUCGUGGGCAUUCUGCCCUUAAUUUAGCUCUGACCUCUUUUUCCAAAGGUUUACGGAGCCACAUCCUACAAAACUUAGCUAUGUGGUCUGGGGGGCUCCACUCUGCAGAGCGUGGGUGUUUGAUAUACCUAGGGUCGAACAAGGGGCGGCCAGAGGUAUCUAAUAAAAUAUCCUCAGACAUGUUCUGGUUAGGGUCAGCGGUUAGGAACUCAUUUUGGUGGGGUUCAUGUGAGGGAAGGUCCUCGUCUGAAUACCCUGCAGAGUAUUCAUCCAGUACCUGAAGUUGCAGGUUGGAAGUUGAACCCUCUAAUGGGUCAAAAUUAUAAUUGGGGGUAUCAUCCCGAAUACCAGAAAGGGAUAAUCUAGGUGCUUUUGCUGGUGCCUUGCCUUUACCGGCACUAGCACUAUUGCCCUUCCAAGGGCGUUUGCGGGGGCAUUCGUCAUGGUCUGAAUCUUUUGACUCUUCAGAGUCUGAGAGGUGAACGACAGGAGCUCUGGGGGCAGACUUUGAAUGUUCCUGAAACGCUGCCAAAGCUUUGGGAAUGGAUUCUGCGAUGGCGUUAUACAGCCAAGUUUUGAGCUCCGCAGAGACUGGUGGUUCAGUUAGAUCAGACAUUUUUAUAAUGAAGUGGGGUCACCACGAGUAUAAAUAGAUAUACAAUUUUUUUUUUUUUUUUUUGUGGCAGUGGACUUAUGCAAAAAACACAAAACACGUGUGUAUAUAUAUAUACUCGAAGAGUUAAUCAAGUGUGGGGGUCACCCAAAGUUAUUACAGCUGAAACGGUAUAGCCGUAUUAAUAUUACGUAAUGAGGGGGUCACCCUCAGGAGACAAUAAAAAGGGGUUCACCCUUUAAAUGAGGCAGAAAAGGUGUAUAAUAUAGAGGGGGUCACCCUCUUUAAUGAGGCAAUUAUUAAAUUAAAAGUGAGGGGGUCACCCUCAGUACUGAGACAAAUUUUCCUGUUUGCAAGGGUUUAGAGUAAUCUGCAAUAAAACAAAGCAGGAACACUUUAAUAAUACUUGUUAACAGUUCCAAUGGUAACUUUCAGUUAGAAUAUAUGUGUUAAUGUACUUACCUGAAAGUACCAAUAGAGGCGCUGGAGAGCCGAUGUGAGCAGCAGCCGUCCAGACGUUCCGGUGCGAUGGAGGAAAAGAGCGCGAAAAAAGCCCGCCGAGAAAUGGCCGCGGGAGGAAGAAGACGUCGCUAUGGAGACAGGUAAGGGGCUGGGAUUGUUCCCACAGAGGGGGGCGAGAUAUUGCCGAGGUUGGCAACCGGCCAGAAGCCGCUCAGAUCUCGGCUUCUGGCCGCACGGACAGAUAUACAAAGUGCCUCUGUAGUGCUGAGGCAGAAAACUCAGCACGCAAGAAAGACCGUUUGGGGGUUAAACAGGGGCAUAAAUUACUAAAUACACAGACCAUUUAAAGGGGAAAUGGUCUGAAGUAAGGAUUGUUAAAGGCACAGUUAGUUUACAUAUGAGAAAAUAAGUAAAUAAACAAUUACUAAUAAUAUAAUAACUCAAAGUAAGACUAUUAAUACUAGACUAUAAUUAGAAUAGACUCACCUGGGAGGCUAAGCAGCAAAGAAAGAGGAAUUGGGAGGAGCCUGAUGACUGGACAUAAUCUAUUGUACACUCUGAUUGGUUAAAUUUUUUCUACUUACUGUUAACUGUUUCUUUGCUGCUGGGAGUAACAGUAAAGAAAGUAAAAGCAAAUAUGAAGCCUCCUGUCUUGCCAUAAAAUUAGGAUAGAGUAGUGACCACGAGAUUUUGCAGCGAGUAGAUCAUUGGAUACUUUGGUCAGUGCCGUUUCCACAGAGUGCUUAGCGCGGAAACUAGUCUGCAGCGGGUCUAGCAGAGAUUUGGACUUGAGGAAGUCUGUCAAUCUCGCAUAUACAAUCCUUUCAAGGAUCUUGGAUGUAAAAGGCAGUAGUGAGAUAGGACGAUAGUUGCAUGGGGAGUUAGGGUCAAGACUGGACUUCUUUAGAAUUGGUGUUACAGUUGCAUAUUUGAAGGGCAAUGGAAAUAUACCAGAGGAGAGAGAGAUUGAGAAUUUUAGUGAGAGGUGGAGAAAGAGAAGAAGACAGAGUACGGAUGAGAUGCGAGGGAAUUGGAUCUAGGGAGCAGGUGGUGGGGCGGGAGGACUGGAGCAGAGCAGAAACCUCUUCCAAUGUAGCAGGUGCGAAUGAACAUAGACCAGCAGAGGGAGUGAAGUUAGGGGAUGUAUUGUAAGGGGAAGAAGAAAGAUGAGAGAUCUCUUCUCUGAUUGUAGAGAUCUUGUCAGUGAAGUGAGUUGCAAAGUCUGAGGCGGUCAAGUGAUACACAUGAUACAGUUACCACUCCAUUGAUCAUCAGCUUAGAGUGAGAUAAGAGAGGGUGUGUAUAGUGAGGAGAGAAAAUUCAGAGAGUGUGUGUGUGUGUUGGCCACAGGGCUUUUAACAGGUUAGCCCUUCCUUCUGCAUGACACGCCUCCCUCAGUCAAUCCCUUAGGAUCUAACAGAACUAUAGUGACUCCUGGGGGUAGAAAGAUUGCACUUGAAUGGAAUGGAGGAAGAGUUUAUCAACAACCUAACUGAUGUUGCCUGGUGAAAGGCUAUGUGCUUCACAGAGGACUCCAGUAUUUCCUAAGGGAAGAAUGGGGCUUGAAUCCCUGUAUUAGAUAACAAUAACACUUCAUUGGCAUACAGUUUGGAUGUUUAUCAGUCCCCCCACUUAUUACAGUCUGUGAAGUAACUUUUAAGGCCUUGCUAGUAGCCUAGGUAUUUUAAAGGGACACAAUAGUCACCAAAACAACUUUAGCUUAAUUAAGCAGUUUUGGUGUAUAGAACAUGCCUGUCCAGCCUCACUGCUCCAUUCUCUGCCAUUUAGGAGUUAAAUCACUUUGUUUAUGAACCCUCACACCCUCACACAUGCACACGCUAACGGCACCCUCACACAUGCACACGCUAACGGCACCCUCUCACAUGCGCGCGCGCACACACACACAGCGCCUUCACACACCGCCCACACACACAGCGCAGUGUGUGUGUGUGUGUGUGUGUAUAUAUAUAUGUGUGUAUAUGUAUGUAUAUAUAUAUAUGUAUGUGUGUGUGUAUAUGCGUGUGUGUUUCUGCUUUAGGGUGCACACCCUUAUACAAUAGGCUGUGCACGCCUAUGCUAAAACUGCUUCAUUAAAGGAAUACUAUAGUAACCUAAACAACUUUAGCUUAAUGAAACAGUUUUAGUAUAUAGAUCAUGCUUCUCAGGUUUCACUGCUCAAUUCACUGCCAUUUAGGAGUUAAAUCACUUUGUUUCUGUUUAUGCAGGGCUUGUCACACCUCCCCUGACUCUGACACAGGCUGCAUGAAAAAAGAACUGGUUUCACUUUCAAUCAAAUGUAAUUUUACCUUAAACAAUUGUAUGUGUAUUUCUCUGUAAAGUGAACUUUAAUCACAUACAGGAGGCUCUUGCAGGGUCUAGCAAGCUAUUAACAUAGCAGGGGAUAAGAAAAUCUAAAUUAAACAGAACUUGCAAUAAAGAAAGGAUAAACUUUAUUUGACUCUUUACUUGAAGUGUUUAGGAAGGCUGUGCAAAUCACAUGCAGGGAGGUGUGACUAGGGUUCAUAAACCAAGUGAUUUAACUCCUAAAUGGCAGAGAAUUGAGCAGUGAGGCUGAAGGGGCAUGAUCUAUACACCAAAAGUGCUUCAUUAAGCAAAAGUUAUAUAGUCUAUAGUGACUAUAGAGUCCCUUUAAGCUAAAGUUGUUUAGGUGACUAUGGUGUUCUUUAGUAAAGUGCCUAAUGGACACAUAUGUAACAUAUUACACAUACUAGUGGCUGAUCAUCUAUUUAGGUAUAAGACUUUGAGGUGCUAUAAAAUGUAAGAAAAUACUCCCAUAUCUUAAAGGACCACUAUAGUGUUAGGAAAAUGAACUCGUUUUCCUGGCACUAUAGGAUAAUUAGGUCCCCUCCCUCCUGCUGGGCUAAAGGGGUUAAUACCCCUUCAGCCACUUACCUUUCUCCGGCGCUGGGGAACUUUCCACCCCCUGCCGACUUCAGAUCAGCAACCGCGGCAAGAGCCGCGUGUGCAUUCAAACCACCCAUAGGAAAGAAUUACUCAAUGCUUUUCUAUGGACGUCCAGCGUCUUCUCACUGUGAUUUUCAGAGUGAGAAUCACGGAAGCGCCUCUAGUGGCUGUCAUUAAGACCCCACUUCAAGCUGGAUUAACCCUCAGUGUAAACAUAGCAGUUUCUCUGAAAGCUAUGUUUUCAGCUGCAGGGUUAAAACUAGAGGGAACUGGCACCCAGACCACUCCAUUGAGCUGAAGUGGUCCUUUAAACUGUGCUGUCAAUCAAUUUCAUUUGUCUAUUCUUUAUUUUAUUUUGUUUGUUACUUUUCCACAAUGUUAUCCUACCUUUUAGAUUGUAAGCGCACAAGCUAUCUAGGUAAGCACUUUGUAUGCAAGAGCUUCAAUGGCUAGAUAUCAGUUUACGGGCAGGGCACUCUCUACCUUUUGUAUUUGUCUGUGUAUAUUGUACAUCCUCCACUAAUGGUACAGUGUUGCGGAAUCUGUUGGUGCUUUAUAAAUACCAGGAAUAAAUAAACUUUAGAAAUUUGUUUCAGGAAAGUCCUUUUAGCACCAUCAACUAGUUUAUUUUUGUUUGAUCACUUUGUUCUUCCCUUGCAACACAACACCCUUUUAUUAACUAAGAAAAGGGUGCUGAUAAAAAAAAAAAAACAGCUAUGUGAAUGCUUGUAAAAAGCUGAGAACUAUGCUUUUAAUUGUAUUUUGGGAAACUGUAAGUCAGAUGAGCUUAGUGUGGCUUUAUGGGAUUGUAAUUUCUACGCAACAAAAGCUUACGAUUGCCACUUUGAAGUUUUUUUGGCUCCCCUAAUAUUGUUUACAUAUUGUCAUUUGUAUAAUCUUUUUAUCUGUCUGUGUAGACCUCAGAAGACCUAGAAAUUAGUUGAUGGAAAAACCUGACCGCGGUGGACCGUUCACAUAAAUUGUGACAAAGACACUAUAGUGUUAGGAUUACAGUGUUCUUUUAAUAACCAGUAUAAAAUAUACUGCAACACAUCAGUAGUAUUUUUUUUUUUUAAUGUAAAAACACCACAGAGUAUUGUAUUGGUUAUGGUGCCAGAAGUGUUCCUAUAAUAUUGCUGACCUUGUUCAUAGAUUUGUGUUUACAAUAUAAACAUAAAACUAUGCAAAAGGCUACGUGAAUAACAAAACCACAAUAAAUCAAGGUAGUGCCAUCCUUAAAGGACCACUAUAGGCACCCAGACCACUUCAGCUUAAUGAAGUGGUCUGGGUGCCAGGUCCAGCUAGGGUUAACCCUUUUUUUUUUUUUUUUAAAUAAACAUAGCAGUUUCAGAGAAACUGCUAUGUUUAUGUUAAGGUUAAUCUAGCCUCCAGUGACGUCUUCACAGUGAGAUGCCAGCGUCCAUAGGAAAGCAUUGUGAAUGCUUUCCUAUGGACUGGCUACGCGCGCAGCUCCUUCCGCACAUGCACAUUCAGCCAAAGAGGGAGGAGAGCUUCCCGCCCGGCUCUGGAAAAAGAGGUAAGUUUAACCCCUUCCUCUCCAUCCAGCCCGGCGGGUGGGGGCACCCUCAGGUCACUAUAGUGCCUGGAAAACGAGUAUGUUUUCCUGGCACUAUAGUGGUCCUUUAACCCCUUAAGGACUGGACUGUUUUUUGCGAUGUUGUACAUUUGCCACCAGGCAUACUUUUACACUUUUGUGGUGUUUGUGUUUGGCUGUAAUUUUCCGCUCUUUCAUUUACUGUUCCCAUACAAAUUAUAUAUUGUUUUUUUCAGGACAAAAGGGGCUUUCUUUACAUACCAUUAUUUAUAUAAUCUCAUGUAUUUUAAUUUAAAAAAAUAUGAUGAAAAAUUGAAAAAAAUACAUGUUUUUUGACUUUUACUUAAAAAAAUCUUUUACUCUUCUACAAAAGCGAAUGGGAAAAAAACUUCUAAAUAGAUUAAAAAUUUUGUCCUGAGUUUAAAAAUACCCAGUGUUUACGUGCUUUUUUUUGCAUGUUAUAGGGCUAUAGGUACAAGUAGGAUAUUGCGGUUUCAAAACAUACAUUUUUAAAAUGUAUCAAUAGUGACAUUGUAACACUUAUCUGUCAUAAAUCUCUGAAUAACACCCCACAUGUACAUAUUUUUUUUUUUUUUUAAAUAGACAACCCAGGGUAUUCAACAUGGGGUAUGUCCAGUCUUUUUUAGUAGCCACUUAGUCGAAAACACUGGCCAAAGUAAGCAUUCAUAUUUGUUUGUGUGUGAAAAAAGUAAAAAAACUAAAUUGAACGCUAAUUUUGGCCAAUGUUUGUGACUAAGUGGUUACUAAAAAAGACUGGACAUACCCCAUUUGCAAUACCUUGGGUUGUUUUCUUUUGCAAAUGGUAUGCCAUCAUGGGGGUAGUUCUCAUUCCUGGGCCACCAUACGCUCUCAAAGGCAACGUAACCAACCUGGCCAUUUUUUAUGUAAAAUUAGUUGACCCUGUAACUUUCAAAAAUACUAUAAACCCUGUACAUGGGGGGGUACUGUUUUACUCGGGAGACAUCGCUGAACACAAAUAUUAGUGUUUAAAAACUGGAAAACGUAUCACAACAAUUAUAUCAUCAGUAAAAGUGCUGUUUGUGUGUGAAAAAUGCAAAAAAAGUAACUUUCACUGACAAUAUCAUCGCUGUCAUAUGUUUUACUGUUUUGAAUCACUAAUAUUUGUGUUCAGCGAAGUCUCCCGAGUAAAACAGUACCCCCCAUGUACAGGUUAUAGGGUGUCAUAGAAAGUUACAGGGUAAAAUAUAGUGCUAGCAAAUUAAAUUCUCUGGACUUUCGGCCUGGGUUGGCAGGCAGGUCCCUCAAAUUGCAAUCAAUAAAAUUACUUAAUUAUGUAAACAUAUUACAUAUAUACGCACGUAGAAUUUAAAUAUAUAUGCAUAUUUAUAUAUUUGAAAUCUACGUGUAUAUUUAUAUAAUUAUGUAAUUUUGUAUAUGGACAUAUGUAUAUUUCAUAUUAUUUUUAUUUAUUUAUAUAUACAUAGAUAUAUUUACAAAUUCAUUCUAAGUGUAUUUUGAUAUUUCAUAUAAAUAUAUAAUUUUUUUCAAUUUUUAUUAUUUUAAAAUUAAUUUAAUUUAAAUUACUUAUUUAUAUUUUAUUAUAUAUAUAUAUAUAUACAAUAUAUAGAUAUUAUAUAUAUUUUAUAUAUACGUGUGUAAUUUAAUUGUGUAUUUUUAUAUUAAUAUAAGUACAUAUUAAUCUAAAAAUACACUUAGUAUGACUAUAUAUAUAUAUAUAUAUAUAUAUGUUAUAUAGAUAUAAUAUAUAUCUAUAUAUCAUAUUUAUAUACACAUAUAUUUUUUUUUCUAUUUUUUAUAAACACUAACUUUAUUUUUUUUUAUUUUUUAUUUUUUUUUAUUUAUUUAUUUUUUAUUUUACACAUGCAGGGGGACUGCCUGUAAGCACAGGCAGUCCCCCUGCAGGCAGACACAUGGACACCUAUUGUGACCAUGUGAUUGCUCUGUUGAGCGAUCACAUGGCCACAGGGGUCCUAAUUCAGUGUGGGGAGACUGUCUGGGCUGCAGGCAGUCUCCCCACAACUGGAGCACCGCUGAUCGCCGCCGGGGGAACGACGGCGACCAGGUAAGUAACUCAGACCGUUAGGACGGUUCAGGACCAUCAUCGGUCCUUAAGGGGUUAAGUGCAGAGUCAUGUUGGUGUAGGACGAGGAGGGAGCACGGAGCAGGCUCUGUUAAAUCAGUGUCUCCCUGCAAAACAUUUAAUGAGUAUUGGGGCUUUUAACAGACCCUAUUACAGAAACUCUAACUUAUAUGUAUAUUGUUACUUUUUGUUCAAAGUAGUAAUGAAGGUGCAGUAUCUGCAGUAAUAACUGCUUUGUAAUGGAAAAUAUCACUAUUCUGAUAAUGUCGCCAUAUUCCCAGUCUCUGGGCCCUUGGUUUCCAAAUGAGAUGCAAAAGUUGCUCUCAUCAGAAAAGAGGACUUUGGACCACUGAGCAACAGAUCAGGUCUGUUUUUCUUUAGCCCAGGUAAGACGCUUCUGACGUUGUUUGUUGUUCAGGAGCGGCUUGACAAGAGGAAUACAACAUCUGAAGCCCAUGUCCAGGAUCUGUCUGUGUGUGGUGACUCUUGAUGCACUGACUCCAGCCUCAGUCCACUCCUUGUGAAAGUCCCCAACACUUUUAAAUGGACUUUUCCUGACAAUCCUCUCCAGGCUGCGGUCAUCGCUGCUGCUUGUGCACCUUUUUCUUCCACUUUUCCGUUCCACAUAACUUUCUAUUAAUGCGCUUUGAUACAGCACUUUGGGAACAUCCAACUUCUUCGCAAUUACCUUUUGAGGCCUUCCCUCCUUAUGGAGGGUGUCAAUGAUGGUUUCCUGUACAACUGUCAGGUCAGCAGUCUUCCCCAUGAUUGUGAUUCCUACUGAACCAGACUGAGAGACCAUUUAAAGGCUCAGAAAAACCCUUUGCAGGUGUUAUGGCUUACUUAGCUGAUUAGAGUGGGACACUGUGAGCCUAGAAUAUUGCACCUUUUCACAAUAUUCUAAUUUACUGAGAUUGUGGAUUUGGGGUUUUCAUGAGCUGUAAGCCAUAAUCAUCGCACUUAUGACAAAUCACAGCUUGAACUAUCUUGCUUUGCAUGUAAUCAUCUAUCUCAUAUAUUAGUUUCCCCUUUUACGUUGCAUUACUGAAAUAAAUUAACGUUUGCACGAUAUUCUAAUUUUUCGAGUAUCACGUGUAUGUAUGUGUGUGUAUGUAUGUAUGUAUAUAUGUAUAUAUCAAAAAAAUAACGUACAAAAUAACAUACAAAAUAAAGCAAGAAAGAUAUAUAUAUAUAUAUAUAUAUAUAUAUAUAUAUAUAUAUAUAUAUAUAUAAUGUGUGUGUCUUUCUUGCUUUAUUUUGUAUGUUUAAAAGUGUUGGUUUGGCAAGUGACCGGGGACGACGACUUUGUUAUGAAGGUGUUAAUUAUAAUGGAUAAUGCAGGAUUUCCUAUAUUAUCUGCUAUGGAUGGAGUUCACUUUGGAUCCAGUAAAGUGAUUUUGUUUUUUUACAAUGCACAUGACUUCCUGUUGAAUGUUAACUACUUUUCUAGACACACUUCACACAGUGCACUUUAAGAGAUGGGUUGUGUUCUGGAAUUCAGCUGAUAACAGCGCUACAACAAAUAUAAUUUCAUUCAGGACAGAAAACAUGCUGUGUAAUUGAUUUAUUAUCCUGCAGAUGAUUGUCUACAAAAUGGCAACUGCCUGGGGGUUCUGUCCCAGAUCUCUAUGGGAGGGAGACAGUUUAAAAAAAUAAAAUAAAUAAAUAAAUAAAAAAAGGCUGCUGGGUUGUCAUGUACUGCUUUUGAUGACUUGUGUUGUCAUGUAAAAAAGCGGUUAGUCUUUUUUUUUUAAUGUUUUUUUCUUAACAUUUUGUUUAAAUCAUUCUACUAAUCUACUGUGCUGUAGAAUAGGAGGAAAAAACUUGCAAGUAGAUGUGGGCAUACAGGAAGAUAUGAUGAGGGGCCUUUCUCAAGUCUAUCUACCCUUUUAACUAUGACCUGCAUUAUUGUUUAGAAAGUGCAUUACAUCAGGGCUUGACAAAUUUGUUUGGAAUCUAGGAGCCAGCUAAAGUUUUAAUUUUUUAAUUUUUUUUUUUUUAUAUAUAUUUAAAGGGACACUAAAGUCACCAGAACCACUACAGCUUAAUGUAGUUGUUCUGAUGCCCAUAGCCUGUCCCUGUAGCCUUUUCAAUGUAAACGCUGCAUUUUCAGAGAAAAGGCAGUGUUUACAUUGCUGCCUUCUAAGACCUCUAGUGGUUGUCACUCAGAUGGGCACUAGAGUCCUGUGUCAGUGCUCUGCUUGGAAGCGCUGAAUGUUACCCAUAAAGAACAUGCGCAAUAUCCUCCCAAUGCUUUCCUAUGGGAAAGCAUUGGCUUAGCUGAGAUCAUAAAGAUUGAUGAACUCUGCAUUGGAGGCGGGACAAGCCACGGCAAAACCUGAACGGCGUGGGAUAAAAGGUGAGUAAAAACACCAAUCAUGUGAUCGGAGGGGGGCAGGUACCUAAACAGACACACACUCUGACAGACACAUGCACACACUGACAGAGACAUAUACACACACAUACACACACACAUCGAAGAUAUAAUUCUAAGAAAAGAUCAACUGAAAAUGGGUGAGAAGUAUUGUUUUAUAAUGUGGUGGUGUAAUGACGUCAUUUGACGCAUGUGUAUAAUGACGUCACUGACACCCGGAAGUAUCCUCCGGCAACAUACAGAAAAUCCUAGACCUCAUUACAACAACGGAAAGAACCUCCCCAUAUCCAGCUGAUCACACUAAGGUUUAUUUGUUUGAGUUUACAGGAUAUACAAGUGGGAUCAUGGAUCAGUCAGUGAGUGGUCCCCCAGAGAAAGGCUUAAAGGGACACUAUAGUCACCUGAACAACUUCAGCUUAAUGAGGUUGUUCAGGUGAGAACUAUAGCUCCCUGCAGCCUUUCUCAUGUAAACACUGUAUUUUCUGAGGAAAAACUAGGAACACCUCCAGUUGCAGUCACUCAGACUGCCACCAGAGGGACUUCUGAGUUGAUGGAGGCAUAAUAUGCCUCCAUCCACUCAGAUCUGCUGUGCACGAGCAUCCUGUGAUUCAGUAUCUCCUCCCAUUGCAUGCAGACACUGAACUUUCCUCAUAUAGAUUCAUUGAUUCAAUUCAUCUCUGUGAGGAGAUGCUGAUUGGCCAGGGCUGUGUUUAAAUCAUGCUGGCUCUGCCUCUGAUCUGCCUCCUUGUCAGUCUCAGCCAAUCCCAUGGGGAAGCAUUGUGAUUAGAUCAGGCUACCACAUGUCAACAGACUGCUUGUUUUUCCUGAGUCUAACAGCAUGCAGAUUUACAGCUUCUGGCUUGAAUACAGUAAGAUUUUUACUAUAUAUUUAUGGAGGCAUGAGGGGCCCAAGGGGGCUAGAUGGUCGUGUUAACACUAUAGGGUAAGGAAUACAUGUAGUUGCACUGGUGACUAUAGUGUCCCUUUAAGGGCCGAAAUGUCAGGGUUUGCAUUUCUCCUGCUCUUGGUCAGUAUACUUUUUUUUGUGGGUGUAUGUAAUUAGCACUUUAUUAGCACUUUCUGUCAGUUACUUGAUGUAUUUCUUCAAUGCAUGAAUAAAUUUGUGUUUUGUUUUUUUUUCUCCAACGCUCACAAAUUUUAAUUUUCUUAUUUUAAUCUAACCAGCCUCCCUACCUUUGGGAGAGCUGAGUGGACUUUCCCUGGGGUCCAGUGGGGCUGCUCUCUCUUGCGCUGUGUGAGGGAACAGUAAUAUACCAUGCAGCUUCUCUCUGCUCCCUGUGAUGCCCAGGCCGGAAUGACUCCAUAUUCCCGGCAUCAUUAAAGGACCACUAUAGGCACCCAGACCACUUCAGCUCAAUGAAGUGGUCUGGAUGCCAGGUCCAUCUAGUGUUAACCCUGCAGCUGUAAACAUAGCAGUUUCGUAGAGAUAGUAGUUACAUUUUAGUCUAUUUUUGUUUUGAUAUAAAGUUGGUUGUGAAGUCCAUAGGCCUGUCCCAUUUGAGUUUCAAAGUGAAACGGAAGCUUUCAACCUCUAGCAGUGUGAUUCAAUAGGCCUAUUCUGUGCUUUCUCUCCUACAGAUCUGGGGCUUGGUCUGUAUUGGAUAACAGAUGACAGUGCGUCUUUUGUCUGACUUUGGCUAUGAUCCUGUUUCAUAUAAUAAACAAAUUCAAGUGCGCUGGGUCAUAAACUAACUUUUCUUUAAGCUGUCAGGUUAUAAUUUUAAAAAGCUAUAUUGCUGACUUUAAGGUACAGUUUAAAGAAAAAGAAAAAAAACAUUUAUUGAGAGGAAGAGUUUAGCAUUUAAAAUAUUACUUAAGCGGCACUGUCACUGUCUAGGAAUUUUUCUAAACUCUCAAAUACCCUUGUGACAUUGGUGCUGAGGAUACGGGGGGUGGGCGGUGUAAAGUUGUGUUCAACUUACCUAAACCUGUCCCUCGCGGGCAUGACUAUCUUCUUCCAGUGGGUCUUAUUCAGCAUGCGCAAGAGUACAGCAUGGAGAUUUAUGGAGGGAUUCGAAGGACUCUCCAUGGAGAGACAAUUCCCUGUAGCUUCAGACAGAAACAAUAAACCCUGCAACAAUUUCCACAUGGAUGCUCCGGCCUUUCACCAGGGAGGUGCUCCGUGCAACUGAUGGACACCGCUGAAUCCACCAAUGUACUGUGUACAAAAGUUGAAAUACACAGGCAUUAGCAGUUUGCGUGAUUAAGGCUCUGCUGAGCCAAAACGUCGCACUCCUUUUCUUGAGAGGUGGUGAACCCACGAAUAAACUUACCUUCAUUAUCCUGUUGCCUGUAUAUUUCAAUUUUUGUGAAUUCCCUUGAGCUGUCACUGAUUAGAGAUUAACACUUCUAGACUGCUGUAGCUCCACUGAGUGUCUAGAAGUGUCAGGCAGAGGAUAUAUACGGAGAAAAAAAAGUCCCUAAUUCAGUGAAAUUCCAACACCGUCAAAAUUAAUAUUUAAUUAAAAAUAUCUUAAUGGAGGGUGUAUGUGUAUUUUUUUGUUUUAAAUUUUUGUAAAAAAUUUUUUACAACGGCAGGUAGCCUAAAUCUAAACCUAUUUAGGAGGACAUCUAACAUUACAAGUAAUAUCUUUACUUUUAAAGUUGGUGUUUGUAACGGAACUCCCCGUACUCCGACCGAGUACCUUCCGUUGAUGGACGCUUCCUAGCUUGUGCUGAGGACCACAAGCACUGCACCGGACACCACAGCCACCGCAGAUUCCUCAACCGCCGUAGCUUAACUGGAGUCUCGCCGUCUUCCUUCCACCCUUGAUCAGCUUCUGUCCUCCAGGACCGUGUGGAAAAGACCUCUCCCCCAGGAGAGCGUAUCAGGAACAUGCUCUUAAAAGAGCUAAGUGAUUAAAGCUCAAGGGAGUAUGCAGAACAUAGCAAUCCCCAGUGUGAAUAUAGCUGUCCCCUCCAAUCACGAGACAAGACUACGUGUUGAGGGUCAAGAAGAUCUUUUAGUUGGCACCAAAGGGCCUUCUUUUAUGCAGGUUUUACAGAUACAGUACCACCCACAGGGUUUUGUAAAAUAACCAAUAAAGCACGUAGCAUACAGUAAAACCACACCCAAUUACUCAACACAAUAGACUAAACUUAAUUAUCACAGGCAGAAAAUAUACAGUUUUUACACAUACACUGUAACUUUAAAGCAUACUUGAAAUAUAAACAUACCCAAAAAUAAUGCAAAUCCUUCCAUUAGUUCAAAAGUUAGUCGGAAGUCCUUUGUGACCGACCGCAGGCACAUUUUCCUGCCCAAAACCGUUCCAUAGAUUUGGGCUGUGCGGUCGGUCAAUUUCACACUUAAAAAAUGAUUAAGUCCCAUUCGAACAUGUGUUCGAAUCUUCGAACGGGACUUAGUCUCUGUGACUGAAAACUCAGUGCAGGAGAAGGUAAGGGUCAGCAGUGUUCAUUGAAAUAUGUAGCCGAUUUCAGUUACAUGGAUUUAGCUACACAUACCGCUGACCUCGUUCGAAUGAACAAAGAUGGCUGCCUCCACGUGUUCGUUUGUCGAAUGGCAGCUACUUCGGCUGCAUCCGAAGUGCCAAUUUAAAGCUGCAGAACUGCUCCAAUAUAAUUUAAAGGGGCAGCAAGAGUCUUUUAAAAUCCAAUCUGCUAAAAUAGUCUUUAACAGGCAAUAUCUUCCAGGGGCCAUAGUCUUAAAGGCGCGUUGUUCAACAAAGUCACAAUAUGCCCACAGACUGUUCUUAAAAGUCCAUACACAGGCCAAUAAAAGUCCAUAAUCCAACAUGUUGGUUUAAAAGGGUACAAUCUCCCAGGGCCAUAGUCUCAGGGCAGGAGGCUGGCAAGCAGGCCUCUCCAGGACCAAGUGGCGAAGGGCGCUUCUCACAGUGUUUCUUUAAUCUCUUCUGACCUUUAACUAUUUCCAGGCAUACGCUACAUGACAUUAUUUCACUUUAUGUGUGCAUGGUAAACUGACAAGUGUUAGUGACACUUCCUGUCUGUUCUUGGGAUCUAAUCUCAUUCCAGCAUUACAUGCACCCCCACUCAAAACAAAGUGAACAAACUAUCCAAUUUAACAUUACCCUGUGAUAUGUAUGUUUAAGGAAAGCAGAGUAGAGCAGCUGGACUAACAGUAUGCCUAAACGCAAAAAAAUGUCCUGUAUCUGAUACAAAAAUAAUUAUAUGUGGAAUUCAAUAGUAAUGUUUUAGAGACAUUGCUAAUAAUAUGACCCGUGUACAUCAAACUCAGUAUAGAAUAUGUACUGUAUAGUUUUACUGUUAAAAUAAGUACACAAGACCGGUUUACAUCCGUUUUAAGGUUUUGUUUAUUCAUAGCACCAUUCCGUAUCACUGGCUAGUUUACAAUUAAUCUUGGUACCUUUAGAUAAUGGGGAGGGUUUUUACAGUGCAAUACUAGUGACACACUAAUAAAUUAAGUUUUUGCUCUUUUGGCUAUAGACAGGUGCCCCUCUGUGGAAUAAUCUCAUUUUCUAAACAUUGCCAGUACCUCACCAACCUCCACGUGCUAGCUAACUGAAGAGUCUACUACCCACUAUGAAUUAUUUAAUGAUCGGAGUUCUAGUUCUUGCAGCACAUGAUGGUUAGUAAGUAUUAUGUAAACACAAAUGUAUGCAUAUAAAUAGAAGCGGAGAGCUGUGUGUUUUUUUUUUGUUUUUGUUUUUUUGUAAUGCAACAAAUGUUGAGUUGAUAGAUUAAAGGAACACUUUAGCACUAGGAAUAGAAACAUAUAGAGUUCCUUUAUCUAUUUAGGUGUCUCCCCCCCCUUCAUCUUGUCAGGAUAGGUAGUUUUACUUACCUUUACUGCCUUGCUAUGCAGGUCUCACUAUGGCCAGUCCACCUCCCUGGCUGAGAUCAUAAAGACUCAUGAUCUCAGCCAAUCCAAUGCUUCCGAAUAGGGGUCUGGGUGCAUCUCAUAGAGAUGUAUGGAAUCAGUGCAGCUCUAUGGGAAACGUUCAGUGUCUGCAUGCACAGGGUGGAGACUCUGAAUGGCCAGUGAAGUUAUCACUAGGCUGUAAUGUAAACACUGCAUUUUCUCUGAAAAGACAGUGUUUUCUGCAAAAUAAAAAUAAAAAAGCCUGAAGGGUAUGAUGCUACUCACCAUAACAAAUGCAAUAAGCUGUAGUUGUUCUGGUGACUGUAGUGUCCCUUUAACCCCUUAAGGACACAUGACAUGUGUGACAUGUCAUAAUACCCUUUUAUUCCAGAAGUUUGGUCCUUCAUGGGUAAGUACAAUCAACUUAGGCAGACUUGCAAAAAUGAGUUAAACAUGUCACUCGUGUCAGAGUAUCAUUGGAGCUCCACUGUGGCCAUUCAGGACUCCGUUAUGAUGUCAUAGUGUAGUUGCAUUAAAGGAACACUUUUUUUUGGGGGGGGAGGGGUGCAUGGGGAUGAGAGUGUAUUCAUUUUGAGCUUAUUAAUUUAAGUGAUAUAACCAUUGAUGGUUUUCUUCUCAGUAAGUCCCACCAGAUAUCUCAAAAAUGUACAUUUCGUAAGACUGCCAAACUUAUAGUGAUAGAUUCUGCAAAUUUCUGUGAGAAAAGUGGUAGGAAAAUCCAUAAAGCUGUUUAAAAAAAAAAAAAAAAAAUGAAACGGCGCAAGAAAAAAAGAUGUAAAAAUACUCAAGUGAUUACAUUUUAACAACUAUUUAAUAAAUAUUAUAAAGAAAAGUAUCAGCAACACUUUGACUCCCCCACCACCACCAAUGUGUUUUAGGCUGUUGUAUAGGGUCUGUCCCAACUAUUGGGAAAACACUUAAAAUAGCUUAAAGCUCCAGCUUUGAGUUCCAAGCCCAGGGAAUGCACUGUACUAAACAGUCAACUGUCCCUUUUAAUUCCAAGUGUUUGAAUGUUCGCAUGUGGACUUGGAACCUUUUUUGUGUGUUUAUUUGUAUUCCCAGCUCGUGCUGCAUUUCCCUGCUCUAUUUCAGUAAAGAUUUCGGAGGCCAUCUGGGCUGUUUUUUAUAGUGUGCUUUUUUUUUGUUUUUUCCUCUACCCAAUUAGAUCUCAUUUCUGUACUUGCAGUAGCAUACUGGCUGGACGAAGAGCAUGUCAUUUGGUAUUUGCUUAGCUUUUCUUGCUAAGAGGCUUUCAAAAAGAAAAGAGGCAUUGUGUGCCCAUAGCUGAGGUAUUCCUUAGCAACGACUACAUUCUUUCUCGAAAACACAAGCCGUAUUUUAGAGUUCAGUGACAGUAAAUUACUCAACCAGGACCACAGUAUGUCGUGUCCAAAAGGAAUGUAAUUAUUGUGUUAUAACUUUCAGUUGGAAAAACUGAGACCUACUAUUUUUUACAUAGCAUAGUUUCUUAGCAUUUAAAGGGACACUAUAGACACCCAGACCGCUUCACUUAGAGAGCCACUAGUUGAGCUUCCUAUGAAAUAGAAGAAUAAAAUCUGCUAUUUCAAUCAGAUGGUCUCAUAGAUACAAUCUGAUUACUGUGGAUGUGCCCAAGCCUCUCAGUGCUUUCCUAUGGGAAAGCAUUCCAUUGGCCGAGAUCAUCGGAGAAAAAGGGAUUAAUACUGCUUGUAAGCCAAUUAACAGGGUGAUAUAGCGUGCGGAAUGCUCAUUUGUAUUCCUACAGUAUAUUGUUUCUAUUAUUGAGGAGAAUGUGUAUUCCACUAUUAAGGGCUUCAUGUUAUUACAAGAGAUAAACUUAAAGGAACACUUUAGUUUUACGAAUACAAAAAAUUAUUCCUAAAAUGAACUUGUUCCUCUGCCUCCGUGGCCCCCUCCCAGAGUUGUAAACGAUUAAAGUACUCUUUUAUUCACUUACCUGAUUCCAGCGACGAGAUCUGCCUCCCCUGAUGUCAUCCGUUUGGGGGACCAAAUACAUUUACGCAGCAAUGCCACACACGCACUAGGCCAUACCCAUUGGAAAGCAAUGCCUCAAUGCUUUCCUUUGUGGGUUUUCUCUAAUCCCGGAGUUGCCUCUUGGAGAGAGUGAGGACAUCCAGCAUUGGUAGGAAGCAUAUCUAGUAGGACAAAUUCAUUACAUUGUAGGACUAAAGGAGACUGGGACACUGCACCCAGACCACUUCAAUGAGAUGAAGUGGUCUGGGUGCUUAUAGUUUCUCUUUAAAGAUGCACUGUAGUAACCAAAACAACUUUAGCUUAAUGAAGCAAUUUUUGUGUAUAGAUAAUCUCACUGAAGUCUCGCAUCUCAAUUCUCUGCCAUUUAGGAGUUAAAUCACUUUUGUUCCUGUUCAUGCAGCUCUAGCCACACCUCCACUGUAUGUAAAGGUAAUUUUUUUUCAAUCAGAUGCUAACUUGCUUUAGAAGUUUCUAUCUCCUGCUCUGUGAAUUGUACUUUAAUCACACACAAACUGUUAACUCUGCAGGAAAUUAGAAAUUCUAAAUUAAACAGAUUGUGCAAUAUAAAAAGUACAAGUUCUCACUUUACAUGAAGUGUUUAGGAAGUCUGUGGAUGUUACAUGAGUAAUUAGGGCUGUAUAAACAAAGUGAUUUAAUUUCUAAAUGGCAGUGAGACUGUAGGAGCAUGAUCUAUACACUAAAACUGCUUCAUUAAAGGACCACUAUAGGCACCCAGACCACUUCAGCUUAAUGAGGUGGUCUGGGUGCCAGGUCCAUCUAGAGUUAAACCCCCCCCCCCUUUUUUUAUUUUUUUUAUAAACAUAGCAGUUAGGGUUAAUCCAGCCUCUAGUGGCUGUCUCAUUGACAGCCGCUAGAGGGCUUCCGCGCUUCUCACUGUGAUUUUCCCAGUGAGAAGACGCCAGCGUCCAUAGGAAAGCAUUGUGAAUGCUUUCCUAUGGACUGGCUGAAUGCGCGCGCAGUUCCUGCCGCGCAUGCGCAUUCAGCCGGAGAGGAGGAGGAGAGCUCCCCGCCCGGCACUGGAGAAAGAGGUAAGUUUAACCCCUUCCUGCCCGGCAGGAGCGGGUCAGGGCACUAUAGUGCCAGGAAAACGAGUGUUUUCCUGGCACUAUAGUGGUCCUUUAAGCUAAAGUUGUUUUGGUGACUAUAGUGUCCCUUUAGUCAUUAAAGGGAUACUGUAGUGCCAGGAAUAUAAAGCUGUAUUCCUGGCACUACCGAUCCCUCUGCCUCCCCCUCCCUCGUGUCCCCUCCUAACGGUAAAUAAAGGGUUAAAAACCCUUUAUUUACUUACCUGAACUCAGCGCUAUUAUUCAAUGCUUUCCUAUGGGGGGAAAAUCUGACGCUGGAGGUCCUCAUACAGAGUGUGAGGAUGUCCAGUGUCGGAUAAUUGACCAAAAGUCAGUUACGAUUCUGGAAACCCUCUAGUGGCUGUCUGGUAGACACCCACUGAGGGUAGACUUAGAGCUGUAAUGUAAAUAAACAUUGCAGCACUAGGUGCAAAAGGGACAUAGCACCCAGACCACUUCAAUGAGCUGAAGUGGUCUGGGUGCCUACAGUGUCCCUUAAGGACCAAACUUCUGGAAUAAAAGGGAAUCAUGACAUGUCACACAUGUCAUGUGCCCUUAAGGGGUUAAGCUAAAGUUGUCUUAGUGACCAUAGUGUCCCUUUAAAGUGAAUCCUUAAUAACCUAGAGAUUCAUUUUAUAUUCCAUGCCAUGUAAAAUGUUAAAAUACAAACAUUACUUAACUUUGACGGCAACUUUGUGGUUUUGUCUUUUUCAACUUAUUUAUUUAAAUACAUCUGUGUAUUUGCCUUGAUUGGGAACUACUCUCUAAGCAGAUGAAGCAUUCCUCUGACAUUCCACUUCUGCAGGCGACCACUUUACUAGAACUACAACAGGUAUUUCUGCAGAUUUAGCUUGCUACACUGAUAACCAUAUUGGGACAUUCUUAUUGGACACUUCUCCUGUGUAUUGCUGAGAUUUUUGUAAUCCCUGGCUUUUAUCUCUUAUCGGGAGCAUUAUUUAUUUACUCCUUUUUAUAUUGUAGCCUUUUUGCAUACUCCAUAGUUAAUUUUUAUUUAUUUAUUUUUUCUGUUAGCAGACUUGUGGUGAUUUUGAUCAUUUAUAUGAAAGAGUAACUGAAUAAAAGUGUAUUUUAUUUGUUACUAUAUAUUUAGUGAUGUUCUCCUUUUACAUUUAAUAAUUGUUUUUAAACGUUGAUCAUCUACUGAGAGGCACCAGCAUAUUUACUAUAAAGAUAGAUCUAGGCAGAUCUUGUUUACUUGGGACACAAAAUGAUUACUUGUUAACUUCUAUACUUUAUACGUGGACUGCUGUUUAAUACAGGGCUUAGCGCACGAGAGCAAACGGAAUUUCCUGUUUAGGAACUUCUGGUGCUCUGAUGGUGGUAGUAAAGGCGGGAAGCGGAACUAGGUUGACCCCAAGUAAGAAGUCAAACUGUUAAAAAUAAAUAAUAAUAAAAAAAUGGUUUGACUACUUACAAACAGGAGAAAACCGUCACUUCUGUGGUUUUAGUACUCGGUGUGUUACUUUAAAGCUUUGCAUAGUUAAUAGAUUAAAAGAUAUAUGCAAAAAUAUUAGUGAAUAAAUUAAAGACACUGGUCUAUAAAAAUUGGUGAAGUUUACAACGUUCUACAGUGUGCUCUGCCCAAACUAGGAAGCAGCAGACGAUCCUAGUUUUCCCAUGUGUCUGUUUUAACUAAUUAACAAAAAUCCUCCAGUUGAGCAAAAUUAGCUCAUUGCGUCGCAUUACACAAACUUGUAUAUAUGAUGACGAUCCUAACAUAUGAAGCCUAUGUUACUUUGGAGAACAGAAAUCAUUUAUCAACCACCCUUUCAUUCCAAAUGUUAAUGCUAGAUCAUUUUUGUUUUUUUUCUAUUACUACCCUUGCAUAAAGGUCAUUGCUCUAAUUUAUAUCAAUAAAAUAUCAGCAAAUGGUCUUUGAGUUGGCGUACUGAAUAGGAUAAGAGAUCUGUUCUAAAGCUAGGGCACUACAAAUACUAUACCAAGAUCACUUGGGCGUUGUGCUUGAAACUGUUGUUCACAUUUUUCCUGCCAAGCAUGCAUAUCAAAUCACGCCAAUAACCUGUUGGAAUGCAGUUCUUUGUGUGAAAUGAUUCAUUUUACUGUUGCUUCAAACAGUUUGCUUUAUUUUCAAAAUGUAAACAAUGUCAGGUGCAUUGGUGUGUGUUUUAGAGUGGUGACUGAUCUUACAUUGAAUACCUUAGAGUUGCCGAUUACCUUCACAAUAGCAAAUAUGGGGGGGAGCCGGGGCAACUGUUCAAAAUUAUAAACAUAUACGUGAAGCAUAUCAUUCCAACAUAGUGGACCGUAAUAUCCAGAUUGCCCCCUCUUUGUGGCUAUAGCAACUUCUUCUGGAAAAAAACUUAACACUCAUUUUUGAAAAAUCACUGGAUAUUUACUCCUGGUCAGCUGUAAGAGCAUUAUUAAAGGAAGACUAUAGUCACCAGUGCAACUACAUGUAUUCCUGCUGAUUGGCCAGGGCUGUGUUUGAAUCAUGCUGGCUCUGCCCCUGAUCUGCCUCCUUGUCAGUCUCAGCCAGUCCUAUGGGGAAGCAUUGUGAUUAGACACUUGUUAUUGUGAGGAGGAAAAAUCUGGAAAAAAGCAGCUCGUAGAAAAUUACUUGGAACACUCUACUAGGAUAGAAAUUGGACAACACUGAUAUAAAAAGGAGGGAUCUGACACUCUAGACACAUUGAGCUCCGAACAGUAAUCUGACUUUGUAUGCAUCGCUCCUAGACCUUUAAACUUUCCACUAGCCAUUUAGUGAAAAUUUGAAAAAUGUAGUCCUGGUGAGUAUGCUACAGCUUACAGUAGCGACUAGAGAGGAACAUUUGAAGGUCUGGCUAGUUGCAUAGGGCUUCAGAUUUUAAGUCUUGCUAAUGUUUUUUAUUAUUAUUAUUAUUAUUAUUAUUAUUUAUAUAGCGCCACCAGAUUCCGCAGCGCUGUACAAUGGGUGGACUAACAGACAUGUAAUUGUAACCAGACAACUGAACGUACAAGAACAGAAGGGUGGAGGGCCCUGCUCCAUGAGCUUACAUUCUAGAGGGAGUGGGUAUAGUGACACAGAGGGUAAAAGUUGGGGUUUGAAGUAGGUUGUUAGAAAAGUAUUAAUUGAGGGCUUAGUAGGUCAUUUUUGACAGUUGCAGGAGAGGAGUCAUGGAGGGUGGGGGAUGAAAACCUGCUAACCGUUUAAUUGAUAUGCUUUCUUGAAGAAGUGAGUUUUCAACGAUUUUUUGAAUGAGUGGAGAAGCGAAGGGAGUUCCACAGAAGAGGUGCAGCCCUGGAAAAGUCUGUGGAGAUUGUGGCUAUGUGCACCAUUUGAUGCACUGGUGGUGGGUGGUUAUGGCUGAAAUAACUGAAUAAAAAUGAGUAGUAGUAUUGUCCACAUUUUUUUUUUUUUUUUUUACUUUUUAGUAUGUUAUACAUACUAUACACUACAAAUGUACAAAAAAACAUAGUUGUGUGCAUCCAUAAUACUGCAGAAAAUGAAGAAUUAAUGCAUAUAUUUGCUUGAGAAUAAAAAACUACCUAUGAAAUAAUUUAGUAAAUCAUCCAAAGCUAUUUGUACUUUGGGUGAAAGCCUAACCUUUGGUAAAUAAAAAGAUAUAGGAGGGUGUGCUCUAAAUUGUGAGUAAGGAAGUGGUAACGUGGAUAAAUUGGAAUCGGAUAUGCCAAACUUCAGAUAUGUUAGACAGCUCAAUAAAUUGGUCUAAAACCGUGAUUAUAUAAUGUAAGAAUUAAGAAAACUAAACAAAAACAUUCAGAUUAACAGGCUACCCAGUUGGAUGAUUAUUAAAUUAUUUAACCCCUUGAAGAUCAUGGUCUGUAAGAUUCUGUUAUAACAAGCUAGUCUUUAAUAAAUUCUAUGAAAUCUACCAUACCACUCUUUUAGUGGCCAUAAGGUUGUACAUAACUAUUGGUGUAAAAUAAGGUCCUUCUAUGCUAGUACAUUGUUAUUAGGGACCUUGAGGAGUGAAAAAUACAUAUGUGCGGUUUUUUUUUUGUUUUUUUUUAAUGCACGUUCUAGGCUGACUUUGACACCAAAUACAUUUUAUUUCUUCUGGGAGAGAUAUUAAAUAUUGAGCCGGAUAAACAAACAAACCCCAAAAAGUAAAACUUCACUUUUGAAAUGCCUACAUUUGCAGCAAAUCCAUAGGAUAUCAAGAUGGGGAUCUCCUUGCACCAUGAACAAUUCAAGGAGCUUAAUAAAGAUGAUGUCCUCCUGUGCUUGUAUAGGAUUCUUGCUGGACACAAGCAAAAAAACUGUCAGUAUGCAUAGUAACAGAAUCUAGUGAAUGUACAAACAUACGGCGUGACCACUUCAGUCUUACUGACAGGUUAACCAGUAUUUGGAGAACACUUCAUCCAACACAGGAAACCAUUAAAGGACCACUACAGUGCCCUGAGGGUGCCCCCACCCUCAGGGUCCCCCUCCCGCCGGGCUGGAUGGCGAGGAAAGGGUUAAAUCUUACCUUUUUUCCAGCGCCAGGCGGGGAGGUCUCCUCUCCGCCACCUCCUUCUCCUCUUCGGCUGAAUGCGCAUGCGCGGCAGGAGCUGCGUGCGCAUUCAGCCAGUCUCAUAGGAAAGCAUUCAUAAUGCUUUCCUAUGGACGCUGGCGACUUCUCACUGUGAUUUUCACAGUAAGAAGCACGCAAGCGCCUCUUGCGGCUGUCAAUGAGACAGCCACUAGAGGCUUUAGAGGCUGGAUUAACCCAUUUAUAAACCUAGCAGUUUCUCUGAAACUGCUAGGUUUAUAAAAAAAAAAUGGGUUGAUCCUAGAGGGACCUGGCACCCAGACCAUUUCAUUAAGCUGAAGUGGUCUGGGUGCCUAGAGUGGUCCUUUAAAUGUGUGACAUAGGUUUUUUUUUUUGUGUGUUUUUUUAUAAUGAUACAGGCUAUAUAGUAGGCUGCUAUUAUUAUCACUUGAAGGUUCUUAGUGUAACAUUUAUUACUGCAAUAUAUAGUUUGAUUUUUGACAGGAAAUACCAUUAUUGUUCCAGGAGGGAUAAGCCAAAUGGCAAAUGAUUUAGGUAAACUAGAAAAAUGGUCAGAAUUGUGGCAACUGACAUUUAAUGUGGAUAAGUGCAAGAUAAUGCAUCUUGGAUAUAAAAACCCAAGGGCAGAGUACAGAAUAUUUGAUAGAGUCCUAACCUCAACAUCUGAGGAAAGGGAUUUAGGGGUGAUUAUUUCUGAUGACUUAAAGGUAGGCAGACAAUGUAAUAGAGCAGCAGGAAAUGCUAGCAGAAUGCUUGGUUGUAUAGGGAGAGGUAUUAGCAGUAGAAAGAGGGAAGUGCUCAUGCCAUUGUACAGAACACUGGUGAGACCUCACUUGGAGUAUUGUACACAGUACUGGAGACCGUAUCUUCAGAAGGAUAUUGAUACCUUAGAGAGGGUUCAGAGAAGGGCUACUAAACUGGUUCAUGGAUUGCGGGAUAAAACUUACCAGGAAAGGUUAAAGGAUCUUAACAUGUAUAGCUUGGAGGAAAGACGAGACAGGGGGGAUAUGAUAGAAACAUUUAAAUACAUAAAGGGAAUCAACACAGUAAAGGAGGAGACUAUAUUUAAAAGAAGAAAAACUACCACAACAAGAGGACAUAGUCUUAAAUUAGAGGGACAAAGGUUUAAAAAUAAUAUCAGGAAGUAUUACUUUACUGAGAGGGUAGUGGAUGCAUGGAAUAGCCUUCCAGCUGAAGUGGUAGAGGUUAACACAGUAAAGGAGUUUAAGCAUGCGUGGGAUAGGGAUAAGGCUAUCCUAACUAUAAGAUAAGGCCAGGGACUAAUGAAAGUAUUUAGAAAAUUGGGCAGACUAGAUGGGCCGAAUGGUUCUUAUCUGCCGUCACAUUCUAUGUUUCUAUGCUUAUUCAGUAAGGGCUUAGGAACACUAUAUUCCCUUGUUUUACAACCUGCAUAUUUUACGUACUUUUCAAGGUUAUGAAUGCAAACUGUUAUAAUGAUCCAUUACUAUGACUCGUCAACAGGCCAAAAUAACAACCAUUAUCACAUGUUCGUAGAAUGCUUUUUGUUGUCACACCUUGUGUUUUAUUCCUCUGUUUUGUAAAAUCCGCUAGUAUUUUUUGAGGCUGAGCAUGUGAAACUGUUACUGGAAUCCGUGAUGCUUAUUUGACAGGAAGUGCAUACAUUUAAUUUGUGUUUCAGAGAAAGUGUGAUCUGAACGGGCACAUUUUAGGUAUGCAGAGAAACGUGUUGAGUUUUACAGUGUUGAAAUACAUUUAAGGUUACAAUAUACAGCAAAUGGAGAAAGGGGCAGAUUUAUAAUAGCCAUGUUUGAGCUAUCUAGGGCAGCUGCAAUAGACUAAUUGCAGUUUCACCAGGCCAUUGGCAAUUAAAUUGUGGUUGAUAUCAGGCAAAUAAUGGUAGUCCGUACACCUAUACAAAUAUGCUGUACGUGUUGCAUACUUUUCUGAUAAGAUUGCAAGUAAUUGUGACUUGUCUAAGCCUCUGAUGUAGGAAUAUUUGUUGUCGUUGAAAUGUUCCUUGGUUGUCUGUAUUUUCUCCCAAUAUAGAGCUAGCUUCCUUUAGCUGGCAUAUGUGUAUCCCUUGUAAUUGUACAGCAUUUUCUCAUAUAAGUUAAUUGGAAAACAGCUCUUUAAUUGCAAUGCAUGAGCCUAUUUUGUAUAAAAUAAUCUAGGUCUUGGAAUGUAAAGAGGCAGUUAUAAAGCUAUCCUAGACAUCCAUAAAGUGAUUGUUUCAGUGACGGUGACAUUUUAGGUCCUAAGCAUCAUUGCACAUUGAAAUUUUGGCUCCAGUACUCACAGGUCUGCUUACCAUAAUGUCAUUAUUUAGGAAUGGUUUGACAGAUUGCCUGAAGUCAGCGGGGAGCUUGUUGCCGCCUCCUCUUUAGACAGAAGCUCAAACACUGAGAAAAGUUUGACUAUGCGGGCCUGCCAUCAUUGGCUGAGCGUACUCAGGUGAUGUUCUCAGUCACUGAGCCAGCUCUAUACUGCAGGACUUGGCUCUUGGGAGGCUAGAAAAGUCCCUUGCAAGAGCAUACGUCUCAAGAGUAGACUGCGGCGGACACCAGGUAAGUUGUCAAAUCAUUCUUAUUAAAUGUUUGUCUACUUUCUCGGGAAGAGCAUAAUUUUGAUUCUAACAUCAUAACCACUACAGAAGGCUAUAGUUAUUAUGGUUUAAACUAGCUGUGUAAUUAUCCAGGUUAUAGGGGAAAAAAAGGAAUGCAAAGUUUACAGCAUGGUAAAAGGCAAGGGAGCCUCAAAUGUGGGAUUUCUAUAAUUCCUUCACUUUCAAAUGUUCAAAGAAAAAAGUUUGAUAACAGAUCUGAGUGCAAUAGCAAAGAUACAUUUUUAUUCAGGUGCUCAAUUUAAAAUUUCAGCAAUCACAGCAGGAUAUUAUUAGUGAAUAAAAGGAACCAGCAAUGUUAAUGCCUAAAUGGCAUUUAGUAUUGAGCUGCAUAUCUGCCAAACCCUGGUCUGCACUUCUUUUACAGUUAAAGGACCACUCUAGGCACCCAGACCACUUCAGCUUAAUGAAGUGGUCUGGGUGCCAGGUCCUUCUAGGGUUAACCCAUUUUUUCAUAAACAUAUCGGUUUCAGAGAAACUGCUAUGUUUAUCAAUGGGUUAAGCCUUCCCCCAUUCCCUCUAGUGGCUGUCUCAUUGACAGCCACUAGAGGCGCUUGCGUGCUUCUCACUGUGAUUUUCACAGUGAGAGCACGCCAGCGUCCAUAGGAAAGCAUUGAGAUUGCUUUCCUAUGUGACCGGCUGGCUGCGCGCGCAGCUCUUGCCGUGCGUGCGCAUUCAGCCGACGGGGCGGAUCGGAGGAGGAGAGAUGGCAGAGAGCUCUCUUUCCAGAGCUGGGUGGGGGCACCCUCAGGGCACUAUAGUGCCAGGAAAACGAGUAUGUUUUCCUGGCACUAUAGUGGUCCUUUUAAAGAGCUGGCCACGAUUGACUAAUAGGAUCCCCUACUUAAUAGACUGGGCAGUCUAAUUAGAAAUUUGGUUUAAUACAUUUGUUCAUUUUUUGUUUUAGAUGUCUGCAUUGUUCAGACACACACAAAAAUAACAUCCAGAUUUUAUUUAACUGCAUUACUAUGAACUUUGUCAUUUGCAAUAUCUCUUCUACAGUGUGUGUCUGCCAAAUCAUACCCAUGACUCACUGACAUCCGUAUAACACCCUUUGACGAACCAUGAAAAAUGUAUCUCUUGUUUUUAUUAGAGAUGGGGACGUUGCAUGUGAACAGUUGGUGGAGAAAAAAAGUUUAACAUUUGUAAGAUUUUAGAAUUGGGUUUUGAAAUUAGACACGUCAUUAUGGUGCGAGGAGGUGCAAGCUUACUUUCUGGGUUAAACCAUUAACAAAUGGUUUAACCACAAAUUCUUCAAUCCACCACUUAUCAGCUCUUUCUCUUCACUUGUAUUCCAGUCCAAAGCUUCACUCACAAAAUGGAGUGAAAAAGGAAUGUAUCUGUAAAUGUUUGUAAAUGGGGAGCUCACACUCUCAGGCUAUCCAUUGCUCCCAGUCCAUGGCUUCCUGACUGAAUCCUUGAUCUGGGAUGGACUGAAGACUUUGAGGUUGAAGGGAAGCCAGCGCCUGGAACAUCUCAAACCAUAGCAACUUCUUCCAAUUAAAUUAUUAUUGUACCCAGAAAUGCUGGUUCAGUGUUCUGCCUGCGCCAGACACUGUAAAACUAUUUCUGUUUGGAUUGACUGUUAUGACAAGACUUUUGAGGAAAUAGACAAUUUAGCUUUGUUCACUCAACAUGUUGCAGCAUAUAUAUCUGAGAUGUAAUCAUAAGAGGCAUGGGGGUUAACAUGUUUUUAUAUGUGCAAUGAUUAGUCUUUGUACUAGAGAAGCUGUGCAGCAGUGUAUGUGCUAAAAGAACCUUAAUAUAUCAUUCCAAUUCACAUCUGGCAGGUACAUGCAAAACAAUAAAGGAUUUCCGCAUUCCACUUGAUGUUCCACUGUAAAAAUAAACAUUUUUGUUCAACUGGACCUAGACUAGAAAAGAGACCAUUCUGCUUACUUGAUAGCUUGUUUGAUCAGAAAACCUGUGUCCAAGAAAAUAGUAUGUCUCUGUGGUUUUUCUGUCUUGCCUUAACAUGUUGCUUAUUGAAAGUAUGUUAAAGAAACUGAUUUAGUUUAUGUUCGUUGUUUUCCUUUACAUGCUGAGACACAUGUUCUAAUUAUUUCCUAUAAAUCAUAUUUGAACAGCUUGAAAAACCACAUGCUAUACAAACAUUUUACAGUGAAGAAUUUCAUUUACAUUGACUGUUGCACCAAGUUAGAUGUUGAUCACAGUCCAGCUUUAUUUGGUCGAGGUUGAUAUUGCAUAGGUAUUUUCAACGUGAUCACAAUCCAAAAAUGUACGGAACACUUUUUUUUUUUUUUUCUGUUAACCUUUUCUGUAAGCAGCAGCUUAAUCUGAAAAUAAGCUUGAUAGGCGGGCUACAAACAAAAUUCUGCUUUUUGCAGCCUUGAAGUUUGCCAACUUUAGUAUUGACACAAACUGGCAUCAUUAACGUUUUUUUUGUUCUGUGUGUGUUUUUAAGAUUGUUCAAAAUAAGCAUUUAAGAAACAUUUGUGUUUUAUGUAUUUUGCAUUGUUACCUUGUCUGCUUUUGCUGGUAAUAUAAAUGUUCCAAACUACCAAACGGCCCCUCGUUCGGUAGAUAGAAACAACCGAAAGAGGGGAUUCAGGCGAACCCUCCCUAGUCUCUGUAACUGGAGGCUUUCGUGUAGUUCGUUCCCUUACUCCAGGACCGACCGCAGGGCCCCAUCGCAUGGAACCCCAUUCGGCUAUUCUUUCCAGCGAGGUCGGUCUUUUUAUUCCCUCCAUAAAUUUCCCAAACCCCUGGUCUGAUCUGGGUGAUUUUUGGAUAUGUUGUUCACCCAGAUCAGGGCUACCAGGGGAUGUAUAAUUUAAAGCGAUACCCCUAGGUUUAGGUGUACAUCCAGAAACAGGGGGAAUUGGUGUCCUGGAUAAGGGGAUUAUGAUGCAGGCUGACGGGAGGAGAUGUGUGGGAGGUUACCAGAACAGGAUUGGCUACCGUAUUAAUUACUGUAAAUCCCUCCCUGCAUGGGAGCAUGCUUUAUAAGGCCACUGUCUGAAUAAAUCUGCUUUUGCUGGUAAUAUAAAUGUUGCUUUUACAUUACCAGUUAGUGUUACAGCUCUUCUUUGUAGUUCUGUGUGUGUGCAGUGUGAGUCUGCAAUCUUCACAAUCCAGAUGCAGUGUAGUGUGUGAGUCUCUUGAAUUAUAUCGAAGAUAUCAACCCAGCAGGCCUGGUCAUAUAGGUUCAUACAUUUAAAGGAUGCUUAAACAUUCACCCAGCAGGUUGACUGGCUAUAUUCUUUCUCUUUAUCAAAAUAUAUUUUUUAAGACAAUCUGCAAUUUCAAAAGGGGAAUCUGCAUGCUAACAUCUUGGAAUGUUUUAUUGUGUAUCAAAUCGUUCUGUAUCGCAAUGCACAGAAAUAUUGAAAUAUUGUCAAAACAUUGCCACAUCCACUUUGAAUGCUGGAAUAAAAAGUGACCCGCACAAGAAAUUGGUGUUGCAGCAUUAUGUUAUUACUGGAUGGUGUGGUUAGUUUCCGAAAUGCUGUACUGUUAAAGUUGAGGUGCUGUGUGCCGGUCUUCCUAAUUGAAUCUACUAAAGUAAUUUUACGAUAGUUUUUGCAGAUGUAUGUUUUAAAGAGAACCUAGCCUUUGAAUGAGAAGCAAAAUGUUACUUAUUUGACAACCGUCAUCACCCACCGUUUUGAAGCUUAAUUUUUAUAUCUCUCAUUAUUUCAAGGUGUUCACUACAUUCUCAAAUGAAGAUUAUGACAGACGUAAUGAAGAGGUGGAUCCAGUUGCAGCCUCCGCAGAGUAUGAACUGGAGAAAAGAGUGGAAAAAAUGGAUGUUUUCCCUGUGGAGAUUGAAAAGGGUAGGUUUUCCUUUCCUUAAAUGACACAUGCAGAUAUUUACUCACACGCGCGCGCGCGCACAGUCACGCGCGCUCACACGCGCACACACUCUCGCUAUGGGCACACUGCAUGCGCGCAUGCAGACAGAUGUGCGCGCAUGCAGACAGAUGUGCGCGCAGAUGCGUACGCACAUAAAAAAAUUACUCCGCCCAGCGGUUUCUUACCUUCUGGUGGGAGUUGGGGGGCCUGCUCUCAUGGCCCCACCCCCGUCCUCACGGCUCCCUCCUCCCGCACGGCUCGGUCUGUCUGUGUGUGUGUGUGUGAGCUGAGAGGAAGUGAGAGACUGUCACUAUCUCCCAGCUCUACCUGUGGAUAGUAGGGGCCCGGUCGUGCUGUGAAAGCGCCGCAGCCCACAACCGGACCCCUCAUGCACAUGUCCCUCGGGUGGCCCUACAGGCAUGGAUCACCCAAUGGACCUUCACAUAAGUUCCCAACCCAGGGCGGUGAGGCCACGGGUUUGUAACUCCUAUUUUAGAUGACGGGCGGCAAAAUGCCGCCCGUCAUUGUGCUGCCUGGAGCCGUGGUUCCACAGUGGUCCAUGGACGGGCUGGCCCUGAUUCUCCUUAGUAAGUGCUCAUAUGUACACUAUGUACAUUUUAAACUUUUAAACAGUUAUCAAAAACAAUUACUUGGGGCUACCAACUUUCUUGAAUCUGGAAAUGAUCCAUUUGUGUAUCAAUGAGGAUAUGAAACGUUUGUGAUACUGUAUCCUGAACUCUUUCCUGACUUAUGAGAUCACACUGAUUUACAAGAAUCAUUUUGUUUUGUUUUUUUCCCCCCCACCAAAUUUCUGUAUUCAGGCGAUAGUGGACUUGGUAUUAGUAUCAUUGGAAUGGGGGUCGGGGCUGACCAGGGUUUGGAGAAGUUGGGAAUCUUUGUGAAAACAAUCACUGAAGGUGGAGCAGCUCAGAGAGAUGGCCGGUAAGUGGGCAAACAAUGCAAGAAACCUCUGUGCUUAGUAUUUUUUGUAUUUUACUUCUUAUAUGUGUUCAUGGUAUUUAGAAUAUUUUUCCCUUUGACUUUUUGUUUUGAUCUGCUUUGUUUUCUCUGUCUAUUGUAUCUAAGGUAAAUAUCACUCCAUAUUUUCUUUGAAGGGGAAGUGGUGUUACUCAUCCUUCAGUCUAGACAUGAUAAUUGUGUAUCUUUUUUCUUUUAUGGUUGAGAGAGCAACAUUGAAUAUUGAAAACUGCUUUGACCUUUGGUGGUUUAAGACAUAACCACUGACUAGUUACAAUAUGAAUGUACUCAGAAUACUAGCAAACCAGUCUGCCACCAAGUUCGUUCAUCAUUUGAAGACCUUGUUCUGUAUAAGUUGAUCUAGUGAGAAGAGAAGAUAAUUUUUAUUAAUAUGCAGUUGGAAUGUCUCCUGUGGAAACACUUCUCCUUUUCUGUAAAUUACAUUCUCCUUGACCUCUAUGGGAAGGUUAGACAUUUGCAGAAUAUGGUUUGUCAUGUUAUGCCCCCAGUGUAGUUCAUCAAUAAUUAAAAUAGAUUAUUUUAUUUUUUUAAAGCACUACAAACACAUUCUGUGUGCAUUGUAUGUAAGGCAAGUGUAGCGGAUGGCACUGGGCUGUCCUGAGAAUUGCAUAUGUUUUGACUGCAUUCGUAUAAAUGGCAAAGUUAUAUGUGUUAAAUGUAUUGUAUUCGUCUGAUUGUUCGGUAGUUUCAUUCCCUUAGUUUGUUCGAAUGAAACUACCGAACAGUCAGACCUCCCCUGUGUGAAGUGUGCCUUCAAUUACCCGUUGCAACAUUGUUGCGAAUGGUUAAUUGACAAGCUGAGUAGCAGUCCUUUGUUCUCGGGGGUGGCCGCCAUUCGGGAAAGGAACACGUGGCGGCGGACAUUUUAAAACUCCCGAACAGCGGUGUUUUGCCAUCGAGUGUCUGGAACUCAAAUCGGACACUCGACUAGGCGAACACCACUGAGACCUCCACAAGCCCGGUCCGUUCGGUUCCAAACUACCGAAUGGCCCUUCGUUCGGUAGAUAGAAACAACCCAAUGAGGGGAUUCAGGCGAACCCUCCCUAGUCUCUGUAAAUGGAGGCUUUCGUGUAGUUUGCUCCCUUACUCCAGGACCGAUUGCAUGGAACCCCAUUCGGCUAUUCUUUCCAGCGCGGUCGGUCUCCGCUACAGCCAGAUUAACUGGUGCAUCAAGAAGAAGUAUAUAGAGUAUCAAGAAGUAUAGAUUAAUACAUCCUGAUGUCAAAGAUGAUUGUUUUUAAUAUGACAUGAUAUCAAAGACAUUUGUAAAUAUGAUAUAAAGGAGCUUUACAGUGCAGAGACAUGUAUACAGUAAAUCUUAUCUAAAUAUAAAACCAUUUCUAUCUGGCAUAGAAGAGCAGGCUGCAAAUAAUUUCACUGCCUUUCCACUCAAUGCUGUGGGAAAAAAACAAAUAUACAGUAAGUGUAGCACUUUUAUUUAAGUACCAAAUAAGGAGUUUUUGGGAAUAUUUCAGAUACUUUUCUUCUCAUUAGGUAUGAGUUGAACUACUGUAUAAGCUGAUAGCAAUAAUGCAAUUGCUAUAAUUUUAUUCAAAAUGUAUUUAUUAUAACAUUUAUUUAUUCUGACCAAUGAAGAACCACACGAUACGUCUUCUCUUUGUAAAUAGUUUUUUCAUCAUCUAGAUCUGAAGUCUGUGUUAAUGAUUAAACCAAUAUUUUGCCGUUUAGCACAAACUUACAGUCUGGAUUCUUCAGCUGAAAGAGCAGUAUGUUUUGAAAUUGAAAUAAAUUCACAGUAUAUUUCAGAUUUUCUUUUUUUCCUCAAUCCUAGGUUAUUUAAUUGUAUUCACUCUUAAUUUGCAGUAUUCAAGUCAAUGACCAGAUAGUCGAGGUUGAUGGUACAAGCUUAGUAGGAGUUACUCAAUUUUUUGCUGCCACAGUACUGAAAAACACCAAAGGUACAGUCAGGUGGGUAAACAAAAUGUUAUAUUUUCUAUGUGUUCCACAUAGUUAAAGGGGGUAAUCGUGGCCAAAAAAGGUGUGCUUUGGGUGAGUAGUAACAUUUUUAAAUCUAUAUAUCUAGCACUCUGUUACUUGGAAUUAUAUUGUGUAUAAAGUACUGUCAUGUUUGUGUCUGAUCAUACUAUUUUUCUGCUAGUAAAACAUAUUUUUUUGUUAUACAGAUUGUGUGCCUCCAAAACUUGCUGCUUGUUUAUCUAUUGGAUUUAUAUAUACAAAAUAAUUAUUACAAUUCUAUAGUGCAUAAACAGGGCAAGUCCUGGAACACUUUUGUUGCUGUUGACAGACUAUUCUUAUUCCCUGUUUAAUUCAGUUACUACAUUUCCAUUUGAAUAAAUGUAUGGUCUAUGUUACUAGGCAUCAAGCCCUUUUACGAUCACUGUCAUUCCCUAAACAAUUUAAAACGGACCGUGUCAAAUCGAAGCGGAGAUAAAUUGCGAAAAUUCUCCCACAUGUAUAACAUGUACAUUUAAAAAAUAAAAUAAAAAUCUAAUUGGUAUUAUCAACUUAUCAGAAGGACCUAUGCUUCAAACAAACAUGAAUGUUGGACUGGGGGAGGCUGCACUCACCUGAACAUGCAUGAAUGGGGUGUUGCUGGGGGCCAAAAUAUACAAUACACAAGAUCCAGCGCACUCAACUAUCCACUAAACAGCAAAUUCAAUGUUGACAGAUUUUUAGUUUUUUUUUAAAGUUUUUUUUAAAAACACCUAAUCUAGGCAACAAUAAUGGGGGUUUAGUUACAUUAUAUGAUCAUACAUUGCAUAGGCCUGCCACAACAUCAAAGUUACUAUCUUUGGCAGGUCCUACUCUGAUAGCAGCACUAGGACCUCAUUGUACACAGGAAAGGCCUAAAAUGCUGUGUAUUUCCCUCAUACAAAUAGUGCUGUGGUCCCAAAGAGCAGUCCAAACUACAGAUUUAUGUGUGAAAACUGUCUUGCCCAGAGCAUCUGCUUUCUCAUUGAGCUGCAUUGGAAAGCCUGCUAUUGGACUGCCACAAAAAAUCUGGGUUAUAAAGGGAGGGAGGGCUUGCAAAAGCUGUAGACAGGGAAUUUUCAGUCUUUGCAAGCUGUUUCCAGAUAUGAAAAAUAAUGCAUAAUUAAAUGCAUACACCCACCAUGUCCUCCUAUUCCACCUGAGCUACAUGAUGAGAGGAUAAUAUAUAGAACAGUUGGAUUGGGUUACUGCAUACCAAUACCCGUAGAUAAAAUAAUAUACAAAAUGUUCAUUUGAAUGCUUAUGUUUGUUACUGUAGAUUUCUUAUUGGGAGAGAGAGACCAGGUACACAGAGUGAAGUGGCACGCCUUAUAAGUGAAACCUUGGAACAGGAGAGAUGCCAGCAACAAAUGUAUAACCAGCAAUACUCAGAGGGCAGUACUGGGCAGGUAAACAAGAGUUAAUGUUAUUUACUUCUGCUGUUUUGCAACUAUACUGCACUUUUGGCCACCAGUUCUUAAUAAAGGCACUACUGAACUGGAAAAAUGCAGAGCUAAACCACAAAAGGAAAUAAAGGAUAUGAAACAUUUUAGUUGAACUUUGUUGAAAUUGUUUAAUUUAAAAAAGGUGUUUUGUGGAUAUAUGUUAACAAUGUUCUGAUAUCCAGCACCACAAUAAACCAGUCUCAGAGGGCCAGUUUGUUAGCAGGACUUUAUAAAAUACCAGAGGAAAAUUACAUCCUAUAACAUUGUAAAUCAACCGGUAGGAUUGAAGUAAAUUGGUAUUCCAGAAAAUGUGUGAUAAGUUUCCAAGUGUGACAUAGCAGCACCAGCACAUAGAAGAGAAGUUUGGGUUAGUCAGGAAGAGAAUUUCUUUCAAUUAAAAUAGAUUUAAAAAACAAAAACAAAGGAAAGGAGAUUUAACUUACAGAAAGGAAAGAAAGGUUCUUUACAAUAGUAACAAUAAACAUGGAACAUGCCAUCUCAGAUGCCUUAAAUGUUUUAGAGCAGCAAUUAUAAAGACCAUGACAGGGUUAUUUACUAAAGUGACAAUUCAGUUAUUUGAAAGAAUUUCAAACAUAAUGCCAAGCUAGCCACUGAAAGCAUAACUGACCUAGAUCAUUUUUCCAGUUUGUCUAUUUUUGUCUAAUCACCAGAACAACUAUAGCUUAAUGUAGUUGUUCUGAUUUCCAUAGUCUGUCCCUGAAGGCUUUUUAAUGUAAACACAAAUGUGCCGAUCCAGUGAGAAAAUCAGAUUAUUUUGGAAUCACUGUUUCAGUUUCUUAAACUUGAGCCAGGACUUGAUUACGGUACUUAAAGGGACACCGUAGGCACUGUAUCUGCUUCAUCUCAUUAAACUGGUUAUAGUGUAUGGAGUCCUUUGGUACCAUAAUUUCUUUCAGCAUUAAACAGUUUUUAAACUUUUAAUGUUUUAAUGCUAAACAAGAUUCCCUGGCAAUACAUCUCCUCUGUGCUGCUUUGGCUAAUAAGGAAGUAUGAGCGUGAGCAGCAAUAGGCAGCUGUGAUUGGCUGAGAGUGUCAGCUGACUGCUUUUAGCCUGUCAGAGUUCCAACUGACGGUAUGAAUGGGUAUGACAACAAGGAAGUGUGUAAUCUCUGCCUUAGCUACACAUACAGAAGGGGCCGGACUGUGGGUGGCCAGGGACACUUAUUUUGUGGCAUACUGCACAAACAUGGUACAACACCGAAUGGAGGGAUAGUGCCAGGGCACUCCAGGCACUAUAACCAAUUCAAAGAGACAAAGUGGUUAUAGUGACUACAGUGUCCCUUUAAGCCCACCAAUGUAUUACUCAGAAUUUUUUUUAUAUAUUUUUAAUAGUUAAAAAAAAAAAAAACUCUUUUCCCUUCCCCUGCACAAAUUCAUAAAGCCAGCUUUAAAUAGUUUGAUAUAUUUGACUACUGCUAGAAGAAAUCCUGAAAACAACUUUUCAUGACUCCAAGCAUAUCAAUAUACAAUAUUUUUUAAAAAUUCACCACUUUUUGAGAGGGCUUCAAUACUAAUAUCAAACUACCUAUAAUAGAAUUGUCUGUACUAUUAGUCUUUGUCCAUACAUACUUAGACAUAUUUUAUGAAGUGAUUUUAAUAUGCCUGUAUUUUGAAGUAGAAGUAUUUGUGUCUUGGAGAAAGCCCAGUGCUUGAUUCAUUUUCGGUGGCACCUGCUAUUCAGAAUACAGCGUUUUCUGAAUGACAGCUGACAUGGUGACCAAGUACAUUGUUAACCUCCUCCUUGUGAAUUAAAGGAAAACUGAAAGUGCUAUAACCACUACAGCCCACUUUAGUUGUAGAGUAGUUAGAAUGCCUGGGCUGCCUCUGUGCAAUCUCAGAUCUGGGCACCCAUCGCUACCUUUUCUGGAGCCAGAAGCUCCUGCGAAGAGCUUUUGUUGUUUCCACUGAGCUAAGCCCUGCUAUGCAGAGCUGGCUCAUUGGCUGAGAGUGUCCGCUGAGUGCUCUCGGUCAAUGAGUGCAGUCCUGCUUUGUCGGGCUUGACUCAGUACAGGAGAGGUUUGUGGCUGCAGGUGCUAGUCAAACUCAAAGUAAUUAUUUUUUUUUUAAACUGUGCUUAUUUUGGGAGGGUACUGCUGCAGUCCUGGCACCAUAACCACGACAGUGGGCUGUAAUAGUUAGGGUUCUUGGAGUAUUGUUUUGAGUUCAAGGUGGGGCAGUUUGUGUUUUCAGUCUAUCCAUGCAUUUCUACUUUGCAUACAGGAAGAUUUUGAUGAAGAUGAUGACGACGACGAUGAUGAUGAUGAUGAUGAUGAUGAUGAAGAUGAAGACAAUCUAGGAACUCAUUUACUUGGUGGAAAUUCCGUUGAAGUUUUUGAGUUGUCUGAGAGUGAGGAAACUAAUUUUUCUUUGGAUAUGGAUUCAUCACAACUGGCACUUAAAUUUAAAGAGGUAUGUUAGUGUUAUAUUAUACAGUCCUCUUUGUUACUUUUUUAAUCUCCUGACACAGAUUACAAUUGAAAGUUAAUUUUGAGGUGACAUUUUAAAUUCAAAAGAUGUCAUUGCUCAUUAUACAUAAAUACAAAAAAUUAAGCUGUCCACAGAAAAUAAAUGCCCUGUCAACAGCUUGAUUUUCUACCACUAAACUAUAGUUCUUAAUCUUUAUAAAUGUGCAAUCAAACACAUAAUAUUUUGUGGUGGUUGUUUUCAUUAAAAAAGAAAAGUUUUCCUUAAUAUAUUUUUGGAAACUCUACUUGUCUGCGUGUCUGUCUACACUUUUUUCUUUUGUAAGAUAAUGGUUUGCGAAAAGUGACACACCAAUUUCCUCACCAUUUGUAAACAUGCUUCCAUUCAGACUGUAAUAAAAGGCAGUUGAAAAGCGUUGUUUCCCAUGCCUUUCAAGCAUUCUUCAUAAUGGAGUUGUUAGCUUGUUUUAUUACGACAGGUGAAUUAAAUUAUAUGUUAGUAAUUGUAGUAGGUACAGUCACUAUAUCCAGUAUACUUGUGCUGUGUAUAUUCCUGUGUAUUGUAUUUCGUUAUCUAUUAGAACUAGUCAAGGAAGUCGUGUGUACAUAUUGUGAUUUUGUCAUUGUCAUCUUUUUAUUUGUCUUUAGCUUCAACUCAAACAUGCAGUUACUACUGCAGAAGUGAGCAAGCUGAAAGACCGAGUAAGUAUGGAUUGUUACAUUUUCUUACUGUUGGUUGAUGUGGUAUAUAUUAGCAAUUUAGUAAUUACUGUUUCCAUGUAGCUAGACAUACUAAAGUUGUGAAAUGCUUACUUGGUCUUAAUUUGAUAGUAGUCUAUAUAUUUUUUCCUUGUUUUCUUUAGAAAGUUAAGUAAUAGUGUAUAUUAGAAAUAAUAUAUACAUCCUGAGGUAUACAUUUAUUUCCUCUGCCUAUCUAUUCUAGCACUGUGUCUCGGUAGGCAACCUUCGGCACUGCAGAUGUUGUGGACUAAAUCUCCAACAAUGCUAUUAAUGCUGUCAAAGUUUCAGGGGAAAUAUAUUCACAACACCUGGAGUGCCAAAGGUUGCCUACACCUGCCAUAGAAGGUUGGAGUUAAUGUUGGACUUUUUUUUUUUUUUUUUUCUCACUCUCCCCAAAAAAGAUUAAAGCUACUGAAACUGAAAAAAUGGACUGGGAAGCUAACAAGAUAAAGUAUCAACAGUCUGUUGAUGAAAACAAGGAAAAAAUUAAAAAGUUGGAAACCUACUGGCUGGAAGCUCAAGGACUUUGCAAAACUGUUAGUGAACACUUGAAAGAAACACAGGAGCAAUAUGAUGCAUUGGAGAAAAAAUAUGCCAAGGCCAAAAAGCUACUGAAGGAUUUUCAGCUUAAGUAAGUAGCUUUCUUGUAUCUGUACUCCCUGGAACAGUUGGUAGUUAUGUUAAGUUGUUAUGGUGCCAAGCGAGCCUCUGUGCAUCUUUUGUUACGGAGUUGAACGGUUUAAUCUCCAAGUUUGAUGAAUGGCACCCAUUUGCUCUACCACCUUGCUUCCAGAAGUGGUCCAAGGGUUCAAUGAGGAAGACUGGGUGCCCAAUUAGCUGAUUCUCUUGUCCAAUUAAUAGUUUUGCAUUUACAAACUAUGCAUGAGAAAGGUUACAUACCCUUAAUGAAUUAAUUGAGAUUGUUAUGGUCCUGGAAUGUUAUUUUAACCCCUUCCCAACUUCGGACGUAGAUAGGUGUGUGUGUGUGUGUAUAUAUAUAUAUAUAUAUCUAUAUCUAUAUCUAUAUCUAUAUAUCUAUAUCUCAACAGAGUUGUGGUAGGGGGAAAAGUGUGGAUGAAAACCCCUUCCACAAAUACACACACCAGUCAAGCCAUAAGACUUGCUUUUCCCACAGAAAUCUCACCUUAACAGUGCUCUCACUAUUGCAAGGGGUUCUGGGUAGGUGUGUGCAAAUGAGCUCAACAAAGAACUCUUCCUGAGUUGUGUUUCAUAGCUGUUGCAUACAUCAGACACAUCCUCCAAGGAAUCCAUGUAUAAAGUGGAAUUAUGAGGCCAAAAUAUGAUUCAUUGUUGAGCUCAUUUGCAUAUGCCUAACAAGAAUCCCUUGCAGUAGGGAGAGCACUGUUAAGGUGAGAUUUCUGUGAAAAAAAACAAGUCUUAUGGCUUGACUGGUGUGUGUGUUUGUGUUUAGCAAUGUAUUACCUAUCCACUUCAGGUGGAAGGGGUUUUCAUCCACACGUUUUUUCCCCACCAUAACUCUUGGUAUGUACUUUACAAGUAACGCCAAGCCUCCUUUGCAAGCCAGUAACCAACCUCAUGCUGAUGAGUUGCAUUAACAAACAGAUAUCCAUGAGUGGUUCACUGGCUUUGCUUCUCUUCCUGAGUUGUGUUUCAAACUGUUGUAUACAGCAGACACAUGCUCCAAGGAAUCCAUGUAUCAAGUGGAAUUAUGAGGCAAAAAUGUGGUUCUUUGUCAAGCUCAUUUGCAUAAGCCUACCCAGAAUCCUUUAGUGAGAGCACUGUUAAGGUGAGAUUUAUGUGGGGAAAGCAAGUCUUAUGGCUUGACUGGUGUAUUUAUUUGGUACGUCAGUGGUUGUUAAGGACAGUUUUUUGUCUGGCAUACCCUGUACGUCCGCGGUCACUAAGGGGUUAAAUGAAGAUCUUCCCCUUGCGCCUUCAUCUUUGAUAUUCUAGGACAGUCUCUCUGUUUGCCAUGGCACCUCUGGUUGCUGCGAUCCUCCCCAAAAGAGAUGACGAGAGAUCGAGAGCGACGUCCUUGGCUGUUGUCCUUUUAAAAACUGAUUCUUGCAUUCCUUAACGAAAUGUCCCAGAAUCCAUUUUCCCUCCCAAAAGUGGUUUAUCACUCCCUCUUUUCCCAGAGAGUUCCAUCUUUACACAAGUACUUUUCUUUGAUCUCUUCCCCCCUGCUAUACUAUAACGUUCUGUAAGAAGUGAAAAUUUAGGGUUGGUUUCUGGGUAGAUUGGACAGAAUGGCUUGGGAAAACGCAAACUUCAUGGGUACACCUAGAUGUUAAUUACUCUGAUCUUCUGAUCUCUUAAUAACAUGCACGGAAAACUGGUUGGAAGGAGAACUGCUGGAGGGAUGUAAGCUAUUGUUGCUUUAGCUGGGUGGUGUAAAAUGCAACUGAAAGCUUUGAUCAUUAUCACACUGUUAUCAAUUAGAUGACCCCCCCAGUCACAGAACGUUUUAUACAAUAUUGCAGUUUUGCAUUUCCAUUUCUUACAAUAGAGACUUGGCUGGAUUGCUGUAUUUAAUUUUUUUUUAUUAAUAUUGGUAAAAGUGUUACAUGGAUUCUCUCUUUUACACAUGUUUGUAAUAUCUUUUACUUUAGAAUUCCUUGGGGAUUACUAAAAAAAGUUUUUUGUUAAGGAUUCUUUGUUUGACUUGAGCGCACACUGGCUUACAAUCACUCACCACAUUAUAUUCUUUUUUUGCUUUCCUUUCAGGGAAAUAGAAUUUGAAAAAAAAGAAGAGGAGCACAGAGAGCUUCUGAAACAAAAAGACAGGCAUCAUACGGAACAAAUCGGUACUCUGAAUUCAAGGGUGAGAAAAUAGAUAUUCUGAAAUAUGUCUUCAGACUGCCUUUACGUUUACCCUUUUCACUGUCCCUGUAGUAUUCAAUCUUCCUCCUUGGUCCUUAUGGGGGGGCUUGGACACAUACUUGGGAUCAAAGUGGCUGUGACAGGCGCACCCGCCAUAAGGCUUUCUGUACAUCAUGGAAAGUGUUCCAUUAUUUUUUAUAUUCUAUUUACUUAUUCCCUAUAUUUAUAGGGGUCUGUGACUUAUCUUGAAGUAUACUAUUGAAUAGGCUAGAAAACCACCUUUUAUCAUGUGAUAUUUUUCAUGAGAUACUUUUAAAUUUUCAUUAAUGAUUUAGCAGAUUACAUCAUAAUCCAGCUCUCUCCAGUCACAACCAAGGCAAAGACUGCAAAUGAGCAGGAAGAAUAAAACCCUUUAAAUUUUUAAUCUUCUGUCUGUGCUGAGUGCCAGUGUCAGUUUAUAAAUAGUGAUUGAUGGUGAGCUAAGAUGGAGGCACCCAGUUGCAGAAUAAAGAGGUGUGAAUUUCUAUAUUUUGUUUUAUUUAACACUUUUGUAAAGUAUAGGGGAUAAGUAACAUAAUUUUAAGUUUGAAACAUUUUAUUGUUUUGGUUGCGCAUACAAAGGAAAUAGGUAUUCUGAUCAAGAAGGCAUUAAAAAUAACCUCAUAUCCCAUUGUACAGGGUUACGGAAUUUUGCUGGCGCUAUAUGAAUAAUAAAAUAUCAUGUUUGUUUAAUUUGGGGGCCAAAGGAGUUAAUAACUGGCUGCCAGGUUUUGAAAAAGUUUUUUGGUUAGCCAUUCCUUAUGGUUACACAAUUUUUCAACCAAUCGAUUUGGAAAGUGUGUUGCAAUUUGGAAUGAAAUGGGGCAAUUAGUGAAAUUUAAAUCUGAUGGUGUAGGAUGGUUUUCCUCGUCACCACUGCUAUGACAAGAAUUAGGUGGGGUGCUCUUGAAAAUUCCCAAAAUGACCAAAUCGGGUUAGAGUGGAAAGGAGAUGUGUAAAAAAAGUUGAGACAUUGGGAAUAGAUUUCCAAAAUACCUGAAUAUGCUCGCAAGACCUAAAGUAGUGAAACAGGUCCGUUUCUAUCCAGUCACACGUUAAACAGUUAGAAGAAGGCUUCAACUUCAGUUUGUACUGUUGGUCCAGGUCAAGGUAAGCAUGGUAUAAAAAAAAAAAAGGUAAAGCUCUCAAAUCUCUUGUUUUGUACAGGCAGAUAAUAACUGUAGAGUAUUAGACCAUGUAGAACAAAACUUUUGAUAUCCAACUCCGGUAAAUUAACUUGACAUCUCCCGUGACCUGAUGAGAUUAGUGGGCUAAUCUUAUACCAA